AUGAAAAUAUUUUUGCCACUAGUCACGUGGAUAGUGCUACUACUCUCGAGUACAGUACAUUCACAAUACCAACAACAAUUACAACCGCAACCAUUUAAAACAAAUUUAAAUCGGAAUAGUCGAUUUCGUGGUGAGGUCUUCUUUCUCAAUCUCGAAGAUGGCUAUUUUGGCUGCCAAGUCAAUGAGUCGACAGACUAUUUGCAAUUAUACGAACUAUCGAAAUUAUGCGACGGCACCCAAGACUGUUAUCUGGGUUCCGAUGAGCUGAACAAAGAGCUCAAAUGCACAAAUGACUGUGAUAAGGAUGGCACACAGUGCACACAUGGCGCGUGUUUAAAUGGCGUCUGCCAUUGCAAUGAUGGCUUUGCCGGCUGCAAUUGCAAUGAUAAGGAUGAGAACGAAUGCAAGCAGCGUCCAUGCGAUGUAUUUGCCCAUUGUACAAACACAUUGGGCAGCUUUACCUGUACCUGCUUUCCGGGCUAUCGCGGCAAUGGUCUGCAUUGUGAAGACAUUGACGAAUGCCAAGAUCCCGCGAUAGCAGCGCGCUGCGUAGAGAAUGCCGAGUGCUGUAAUCUGCCGGCUCACUUCCUGUGCAAAUGCAAGGACGGCUAUGAAGGCGAUGGCGAAGUGCUCUGUACAGAUGUAGAUGAGUGUACAAAUCCUACGACCUGUGGCCCACAUGCCCAGUGUACCAAUACGCCGGGAAAUUUCACAUGUGCCUGUCCAGAAGGUUUUGUUGGCAAUCCAUAUGUUGGUUGUCAGGAUGUGGAUGAAUGCUUAUAUCCGAAUGUCUGCGGACCUGGUGCCGUAUGUACGAAUCUCGAGGGCAGUUAUCGCUGCGACUGUCCUCAGGGAUACGAUGGCGAUGGACGCGCCGAUGGCCAAGGUUGCAUAGAUCAGGAUGAAUGUGCGCGUACACCCUGUGGACGCAAUGCGGAUUGCUUAAAUACUGAUGGAAGUUUUCGAUGCUUGUGCCCCGAUGGUUUCAGUGGUGAUCCCAUGCACGGCUGCGAGGAUGUCGAUGAGUGCGCCACUAACAAUCCAUGCGGUUUGGGUGCUGAAUGCGUGAACCUGGGCGGUAGUUUUCAAUGUCGUUGUCCAUUGGGUUUUGUUCUUGAGCAUGAUCCGAAUUCAGAGCCACAGCCCUUUGUCCAACAACACCAAUUUGGCUAUGGGCAAGCGGAUGAUGACGAUAAUAAUGCACCAACGAAUGUGAUCAAAGCGGGUGGUGGUGCCGGUCUAGCUUGUUUGGACAUUGAUGAAUGCAACCAGCCGGAUGGUGUGGCCAAAUGUGGCACAAAUGCCAAAUGUAUUAAUUUUCCCGGGUCUUAUCGCUGCCUAUGUCCAAAUGGAUUCCAGGGGCAGGGCUAUUUGCAUUGCGAGAACAUUAAUGAAUGUCAGGAUAAUCCAUGUGGCGAAAAUGCCAUAUGCACGGAUACAAUUGGCAGCUUUGUUUGCUCAUGCAAACCGGACUAUACGGGGGAUCCUUUCCGCGGCUGUGUAGAUAUCGAUGAAUGUGCCGCUCUAGAUAAGCCCUGUGGUCAACAUGCCAUCUGCGAGAACACGAAUCCCGGCUACAAUUGCAAGUGCCCACAGGGAUACGAUGGUAAACCCGAUGCAAAGGUGGCCUGCGAACAGGUCGAUGUGAAUAUUCUUUGCCGCAGCAACUUCGAUUGUACAAAUAAUGCUGAAUGUAUUGAAAAUCAAUGCUUCUGUUUGGAUGGCUUUGAGCCAAUUGGAUCUAGUUGCGUGGACAUUGAUGAAUGCCGCACGCAUGCAGAAGUAUGUGGUCCGCAUUCUCAAUGCGUGAAUACUCCCGGAUCUUAUGGCUGUGAAUGUGAAGCCGGCUAUGUCGGUAGCCCUCCGCGUUUAGCUUGUAAGCAGCCAUGCGAGGAUGUACAAUGUGGAGCUCAUGCUUAUUGCAAACCGGAUGAGAACGAGGCCUACUGCGUCUGUGAGGAAGGCUGGACCUAUAAUCCUAGUGAUAUUUCAGCUGGUUGUGUGGAUAUUGAUGAAUGCGAUCUUUUGCACGGACCAUAUGGAAGCUGUGGACAGAAUGCCACUUGCACGAAUACAGCUGGAGGAUUUAAUUGUGCCUGUCCACCAGGUUUCUCUGGAGAUCCUCGCACUAAAUGUGUUGAUGUGGACGAAUGUCGGUCGGGUGCUAGUAAAUGUGGAACUGGGGCAGAGUGUGUUAAUGUUCCAGGCGGUGGAUAUACCUGCCGUUGUCCAGAAAAUACCCUAGCUGAUCCAGAUCCUAGUGUUCGAUGCGUGCCCAUUGUGAGUUGCUCAACAAGCGAAAAUUGCCCUGGAAAUGCUAUAUGUGAUGAGACUAAACGUUGCCUCUGCCCGGAACCCAAUAUUGGCAAUGAUUGCCGUCAUCCAUGCGAAGAACAGGAUUGUGGUGCACAUGCCCAGUGCAUGCUAGCGAACGGUCAAGCACAAUGUCUAUGUGCACCUGGUUAUACGGGCAAUGCUGCUGUACCAGGCGGGUGUUCAGAUAUCGAUGAGUGCCGUGCCAAUCCUUGCGCCGUAAAUGCGAUUUGCUCUAAUACAGAUGGUGGCUACUUAUGCCAGUGUCCAGGAGGAUCUACCGGCGAUGCUUAUCGCGAAGGCUGUGCUACGUCAAAAACUGUUGGCUGCUCAGACGCCAAUCCCUGUGCGCCGGGAGAAAGCUGUGUCCAGGAUACGUUUACUGGAGGCAGUGUUUGCAUUUGUCGUCAAGGCUAUGAACGAGAUGCAGCCUCUGGUCUAUGCCAGGACAUUGACGAAUGUUCAUCACAACGCGGAAAAGCCGCGUGUGGCUUAAAUGCCUUGUGCAAGAACUUGCCCGGCAGUUACGAAUGUCGCUGCCCUCAGGGCCACACCGGAAAUCCUUUCCUUAUGUGCGAGGUCUGUAGUACUCCAGAAUGUCAGUGCCAAGCUCCUUACAAGUUACUGGGUAACAGUUGUGUACUAGCCGGCUGUUCGACUGGUCAACCAUGUCCCAGUGGUGCCGAGUGCAUAUCAAUAGCCGGUGGCGUGAGUUAUUGCGCCUGUCCCAAGGGAUAUCAAACGCAACCUGAUGGCAGCUGUAUAGAUGUCAACGAAUGUGAAGAGCGUGGUUCUCAACUCUGUUCUUACGGAGCGCAAUGUGUAAAUCUACCAGGUGGCUAUAGUUGUCACUGUCCGGAUGGCUAUCAAGGUGAUGCCUACAACGGACUUUGUGCUCCAGCUCAGCGCAAAUGUGCGGCUGAUAAGGAGUGCGCUAGCAAUGAGAAAUGCAUUCAACCAGGCGAGUGUGUAUGUCCGCCACCUUACUUCCUUGAUGCUCAAGAUAAUAAUAAGUGCAAGAGUCCAUGUGAACGUUUUCCAUGUGGAAUCAAUGCCAAGUGCACCCCAUCUGAUCCGCCACAAUGUAUGUGUGAAGCGGGCUUCAAAGGCGAUCCCCUGAUGGGAUGCACAGAUGAAAACGAAUGCGCUCAUUUGCCCUGCGCUUACGGAGCCCAUUGCAUUAAUGAAAAGGGCGGGUACCAGUGCGUAUGUCCUAAAGGCUUCACCGGUGAUGCAUAUAAGAGCGGAUGCAUUUUCGAAGACGGUACCGUCAAGAGUAGAUGUACCAGCAACGAAGAUUGUGCUAGUAAUUUAGCCUGUCUCGACGGAAGUUGUUUAAGUCCCUGCGCCAGUUUGCUAUGCGGAUCCAAUGCUUAUUGCGAGACCGAACAGCAUGCGGGCUGGUGUCGCUGUCGCGUUGGUUAUGCUAAAAAUUCGGAUGGAGAUUGCGUAUCCCAGUGCCAGGAUGUUAUAUGUGGCGAAGGAGCUCUCUGCAUACCGACUAGUGAGGGACCUACCUGUAAAUGUCCUCAAGGGCAACUUGGAAAUCCGUUCCCUGGUGGCAGUUGUAGUACAGAUCAAUGCAGCGCCACCCGUCCCUGUGAUGAACGGCAAAUAUGUAUUAAUGGACGCUGCAAAGAACGUUGCGAUGGAGUCGUCUGCGGAAUUGGAGCGACAUGUGAUAAAAAUAAUGGAAAGUGCGUGUGUGAACCCAACUUUGUGGGUAACCCCGAUUUACUCUGCAUGCCUCCUAUUGAGAAGGCGAAGUGCUCACCCAAUUGUGGCGAUAAUGCUCAUUGCGAGUAUGGACUUGGGCAAAGCCGUUGUGCCUGUAAUCCAGGCACCUUCGGCAAUCCCUACGAAGGGUGUGGCCCGCAGAGCAAAAAUGUGUGUCAGCCAAAUAGCUGCGGAGCCAAUGCAGAAUGUCGUUCAGUUGGCGAUCAUAUUACAUGCCUUUGCCCGCAAGGCUUUAGCGGCAAUCCCUAUGUGGGCUGCCAGGAUGUGAAUGAAUGUACGAGCAAGCCCUGUGGCCUUAAUGCUGCUUGUCUUAAUACCCCCGGAAGUUUCGAGUGCCGCUGCCUCUCCGGUCAUGGUGGCAAUCCUUACAGUAGUUGCCAGCCAAUUGAGAGGAAAUUCUGCCAAGAUGCCAACAAAUGUCAAUGCAGUGAUCGCGUUGAAUGUCCAGAUGGCUACAGCUGUGAAAAUGGAAAUUGUAAGAACCUCUGUUCCAAAACGGCAUGUGGACCACGUGCCAUUUGUGAUGCUGGUAAAUGUCUUUGCCCACUGGGAUAUGUCGGAGAUCCGCAUGAUCUCACCCAAGGCUGCAGUAUUCGUGGCCAAUGUGGCAAUGAUGCGGAUUGUCGUCACACAGAGAUUUGCUUCCAGUUGGGUCGUGGCUUGCGCAAGUGUGUAGAUGCCUGCUCAAAGAUACAGUGUGGUCCAAAUGCACUUUGUGUGGCCGAUGAUCAUCGCUCGUCUUGCAUUUGCUCUGAUGGUUUCUACGGUAAUCCCAGUAAUCUUCAAGUAGGAUGUCAGCCUGAGCGCAAAAUUCCCGAUAUGGAGGAUAAAUGUAAAACCGAUGAAGAUUGCGAACGAGGUUUUGGAUGCCAAACUCACGAGCAAGGAAGCACACGGGAAUGUAUUAACCUCUGCUCCAAUGUGGUAUGCGGCCCGAACGAGCUAUGUAAAAUUAAUCCUGCCGGUCAUGCAAUAUGCAAUUGUGCCGAUAGCUAUGUAUGGAACCCCGUGGCCUCGUCGUGCGAGAAACCUUCCCUUCCUGACUGCACCAGUGACACAAAUUGUCCCGAAAGCUCUGCCUGUCGACCAGAUGUUUUAGGCGUUCUUAAAUGUGUAGCCAUUUGUGACGCGUUCACUUGCCCUGCAAACUCAGUUUGUGUGGCACGUCAACACCAGGGACGCUGUGACUGCCUUAGUGGUUUUAUAGGCAAUCCCAAUGAUCGUAAUGGCUGUCAGCCCGUUCGCAAGCAUCAGUGUCGCAACCAUGCCGAAUGUCCUGAAUCGGAAGCUUGUAUCAAGGAUGAAACCACACAGACUCUAAGCUGCCGUCCGGCAUGCGAGACAGUAAAAUGCGGUCCACGCGCUGUAUGCGUUACAAAUAACCAUCAGGCCCAGUGUCAGUGUCCACCUGGGCCAUUCGCUGGCGACCCUUACGAUCCAUUUAAUGGUUGCCAAAGCGUGCCAUGUGUCUACAAUCAUGAUUGUCCGCCCAGUCAAAUGUGUAACCGUAUGACCCACACUUGUUACGACGUCUGCGAUGAGGAGUCUUGCGGCGAAAAUGCUAUUUGCUUGGCAGAAGACCAUCGUGCUGUCUGCCAAUGUCCCCCUGGUUUCCGAGGCGAUCCUCUACCGGAGGUAGCUUGCACAAAACAGGGUGGUUGUGCCACAGGCACCUGCCAUUCUACUGCUAUUUGUGAAGUAACACCGGAUGGACCAAAAUGUAAAUGCCCAACACAUUUUGUUGGUGAUCCAACUACUACCGGGUGUCGGCCGGAUGGCCAGUGCCCCAAUGGAGAUGCCGAUUGUCCAGCAAAUACAAUAUGUGCUGGCGGUCGUUGCCUUAGCCCAUGCGAUAAUGCUUGUGGUGCCAAUGCCGAAUGUAAGGUAAUCAACCGAAAGCCAGUCUGCAGCUGCCCACUUCGAUUCCAGCCCAUAUCGGAGUCUGCAAAGGACGGCUGCGCUCGUAGUGCAUCGAAGUGCCUAACCGAUGUAGAUUGCGGUGGAGAACUGUGCUACAAUGGGCAGUGCCGUAUAGCAUGCCGAAACACACAGGACUGCUCGGAUGGCGAACGCUGUGUCGGCAAUGUUUGUGUGGUCGCUUGUUUGGAUCACAGCCAAUGUGCAACAGGAUUGGCUUGUCUUGAGGGCCAUUGUGCCAUUGGCUGUCGCAGCAACAAGGAAUGUAAACAGGAUCAGUCGUGUAUUGAGAACAAGUGUCUUAAUCCCUGCCAAUCCGGAAAUAGCUGCGGCCCCAAUGCUCUCUGCAGCAUUUCCCAGCAUCGUACGCAGUGUGCUUGCCCCGAAGGUUUCGAAGGCAACCCAACGCCCGAACAAGGUUGUGUGCGUGUGCCAGCUCCAUGUCUGGCCAGCAAUCAGUGCCCCAGCAGCCAUAUGUGCAUUGGCAAUCAAUGCAAUCUGCCUUGCACAAAGACCUCCUCAUGUGCCAUUGGUGAACGUUGUUACCAACAAGUUUGCCGAAAGGUCUGCUACACCAGCAACAAUUGCUUGGCCGGUGAGAUUUGUAAUGGAGACCGUACUUGCCAGCCAGGUUGCGACUCGGAUGCCGAUUGUCCACCCACGGAACUGUGUUUAACAGGCAAAUGUAAGUGCGCCAACGGAUUCAUAGGCACUCCAUUUGGUUGUUCGGAUAUCGAUGAGUGCACAGAACAGCCCUGCCAUGCCAGCGCUCGCUGCGAAAAUGUUCCUGGAUCAUAUCGUUGCGUCUGUCCUGAAGGUACGGUUGGUGAUGGUUACACCAAACAGGGUUGUUCGCAACCCCGCCAAUGUAAUCAGCAUGAUAAUUGUGCCAACAAUUUGGCUUGCAUCCACGGUAAAUGUACAGAUCCAUGCCUGCACACCGUAUGUGGUCCUAAUGCCCAAUGUCAGGCCGAAUCUCAUCAAUCGUUGUGUACGUGUCCAGCUGGCUUCUUGGGAGAUCCAAAUGAUACAGGAGUUGGAUGCUUUAAGGUGGAGUGUAUUGAUCAUGUUGAUUGCGCUAGUGAUCGGGCAUGUGAUGCGGAAACGAACCGCUGCAUUAAACCUUGUGAUCUUACCAGUUGCGGCAAAGGAAAUUGCCAGGUCAUGGAACACAAGGCUGUUUGUGCCUGUUACGAGGGAUAUCAGUUGGUCAAUGAAGUGUGCGAGGACGUCAAUGAGUGUCUCGCCAAGCCAUGCCAUAGCACUGCUUUUUGCAACAAUUUACCUGGAAGCUACAACUGUCAGUGCCCCGAGGGACUCAUCGGCGAUCCAGUGCAAACUGGUUGCCGCGAUCCAAGCGAAUGUUUAAGCGAUGCCGAUUGUCCUUCUUCAGCAAGUUGUCAGAAUUCGCGGUGCCGCAGCCCUUGUGAACGUGAAAAUGCUUGCGGAUUGAAUGCCCAGUGUGUAGCGCAAGGACACAAAGCCAUUUGCACAUGUCCAGCGAACUCUCGCGGCGAUCCACAAGUCGAGUGUCUACAUAUUGAAUGCUCUGACAAUGAUGAUUGCUCCAAUGACAAGGCCUGCUUAGAUGCAAAGUGUAUUAAUCCUUGUUCCCUACCGAAUGCUUGCGGAGCACAGGCACGUUGUGCUGUUCAGAAUCAUAUUGGUGUAUGUUCUUGUGAAACCGGAAGCACUGGAGAUGCUAAAUUAGGAUGUGUGCCAUUGCAAUAUUGCCAACAAGAUGCACAAUGUGCUCAGGGAAGCAUAUGCUCACAUGGCAUUUGCAGUCCACUCUGCAGCACCAAUCGGGAUUGUAUCGAUGAUCAGCUUUGUUUGCAGGGCGUCUGUCAAGGAACUUGUAAGACAAACUCAACCUGCCCUCAGUUCCAGUAUUGUCAAAAUAACAUUUGCACUAAGGAACUAGACUGCAAAACAGAUAGUGACUGCCAAGAGGACGAGACAUGUUUAAUGGAUGCCUAUGGGCGUGCACGCUGCGAAUCUGUAUGCCUUGGACGUGCUGCUUGUGGUCGAAACGCCGAAUGUGUGGCUCGAUCUCAUGCUCCCGAUUGCUUGUGUAAGGAAGGAUUCUUCGGCGACGCCCGAACGGGAUGUCGUAAAGUCGAAUGUAAUACCGACGAUGAUUGUUCCAAUGAUAAGAGUUGCGACAAUCAUAUGUGUAAGAUUGCUUGCCUCAUCGGUCAGCCGUGUGGAGAGAAUGCGCUCUGCACCACGGAAAAACACCGCCAGGUGUGUCACUGUCAGCCCGGUUUUAGUGGUGACCCUCGAGUUCGUUGUGACGUUAUUGACUUUUGCCGAGAUGCACCUUGUGGACCAGGUGCACGCUGUCGCAACUCACGCGGCUCAUACAAGUGCUCUUGCCCACCCGGCCUUGUCGGUGAUCCCUACAAUGAAGGCUGCCGUACCUCUGUUGAAUGCACUACUAACGAGGAUUGUCCUCCGCAUGCAGCUUGCACCAAAACCAACGGUGUGGCCAAAUGUCACGAUGUUUGUUCUCAGUUGCAGUGUGGCCCCAAUGCGGAAUGUGUUCCGAAAGGCCAUGUCGCUCAAUGUGCAUGUCGCAAUGGCUACGAUGGCCAACCCGCUGACCGGGUGGUCGGUUGCAAGCCAUUGCCUGUUCCCUGUCAUAUCACAAGCGAUUGUCCGACCAAUACCUACUGCUCGGAUAGCGAGUGUAAACCUGCUUGUGUUCUGGACACCGAAUGCGGACCAUCGGAGGUGUGUCAGGGCGGUCAAUGCUUCAAUCCAUGCCUUCAGCCGCAGGCCUGUGGCCAGAAUGCAAACUGUGAGAUCCAAACACAUCUGAAACAAUGCCACUGCCCCGAAGGCUUCACUGGCGACGCCAGCAAAGAGUGCGUGCGUGUCCCGGUGGCCUGUGAUGGUGAAUGCACUCCCGGCUACACAUGCCGUGACUCAAUGUGCUUACCAAUUUGCCACAAUGAUUUGGAAUGUGCUUCAAAUGAGAAGUGCCUUAAUGGAAAUUGCAUGCUUACUUGUCGCGUGGACAAUGAUUGUUUCCUUGGACAUGUCUGCUUGCAUAAUAAAUGUGUCUACGGUUGCCAUGUGGAUGACGACUGUAGCGCAUCGGAGUCAUGCCGCAAUGACAAGUGUGUUAAUCCUUGUUUGGAGAAUCCAUGUGGACCCAAUGCUGCCUGCUCGGUGGCCAAUCAUCGCGCUAGUUGCAGCUGCCUGGAGAGUAUGGUUCCCAAUCCAACUCCCCAGGUGGGUUGCGUUCGAUCUCCCCCAUCAGAGUGCCAUGAAAAUCGCGACUGCAGCUAUGGGCUUGCUUGCUUUGAGUCUGUCUGCCGACCACUAUGUGCCGAUGACUCUGGUUGCCUUACUAACGAACGCUGCCAGCAGGGUGUCUGCAAGCCGUUGUGUCGCCACGAUAAUGAAUGUGCCCACGGUGAGCUUUGUCUAGGUCUUAACUGUGUCGCUGGCUGCCGUUCCGACCAGAGUUGUCCAUCUCAUCUUUCUUGCAUUGGGCAACAGUGCGUGGAUCCCUGCGCUGAGCCAACAGCCUGUGGCACGAAUGCCGUUUGCGAAACGAUCCAGCAUCGCAAGCAAUGUACAUGCUCCGAAGGUCUCAGCGGUGAUCCGAAAGUUGCCUGCAAGGCACCACGCACCGCUUGCGGACGCAACGAGGAUUGUCAAUCGAAUCAACUAUGCUAUGCAGGCAGUUGCCAGGGCAAAUGCCGCAAUGAUCAAAACUGUCUUUCUGAUGAGCGAUGCAUGCGUGGAACCUGCCGAACUGUCUGUAACACGGAUAAUGCCUGUGCCCAGGGUCAGAUUUGCGAGAAUCGUGUGUGUCAAAUUGGCUGUCGCAAUGAUCUUAGCUGCCCAAGUGAAGAAGCCUGUGUGAAUAAGAAAUGUUCGAAUCCUUGCCAGGCUCCUGGCCAAUGUGGCCAGUGUGCAGAUUGCUUGGUUAUAAAUCAUGGAGUUCAAUGUCAGUGCCCAGCUUCUUUCCUAGGAGAUGGUCUAACUGGUUGCCAAUUGCCACCAGAGCGCUGCCACCCCGGCUGUGAAUGUGAUGAGAGUGGCUCUUAUUGUGCACCCAAAUGCUCUCGUUCUGAGGAGUGUGCCUGCGGACAGCAGUGUGCACGUGGCAAGUGUCGCAACAAGUGCGGACCCAAACGUCAAUGUACUGUGGGUCAGCUAUGCGAACGUGGAGCCUGCAUUGCUGGUUGCAAAUCAAAUGGCGACUGUGCUGCAGAUCAGAGCUGUGUGCGAGGCAAAUGUGCAGAUCCCUGCGCCAAUGACAAGGCCUGUGGCCGAAAUGCCUUGUGCACUGUGUCCGAACAUCGUAUGCUCUGUUAUUGUCCCGAUGGCUAUGAAGGCGAGCCCAGUAAGGAGUGUGUGCAAUUCGAGUGUCGUCAGGAUAGUGACUGUGACUCGAGCAAGCGCUGUGAUAGUGGCAAAUGUCGCAAUCCUUGUCUUGAAUAUGGAGCUUGCGGUUCUAAUGCUCAAUGCCGCGUUGUUAACCGCAAGGCUCAGUGCUCUUGUCCCCCCGACUUCUUUGGAAAUCCCUCUGUCGAAUGUCAACCAUUGGAUGGCGGCUGUUCUAACAAUCCCUGCGGUGUCAACUCAAAAUGCAAUGAAGUACCCGGCGGGUAUGAAUGUGCGUGCAUGGAUGGCUGCAUCGGGGAUGCCAACAAGGGUUGCCUAUGUGAGGGACCUCUUGUGAAUGCUUGUCAUGAUCAACCUUGUGGCCUUAACGCCGCUUGCCAUGUGCUCGAAAAUAAUCAGGCGGAAUGUUAUUGCCCAGAAGACUUCCCCAACGGUGAUGCCUAUGUUCAAUGCUAUUUGACGCCACCGCCAGAAGACUGUCGCAUUCAUGGAUGUGAAGCGGGUGACUGUGUACGUCAGGGUUAUGAAUACGUUUGUCAACAAGACACCGAACAAUGCUACUCAGAUACGGAUUGUCCCAGUGAAAAAUCAUGCCUCCAAGGACACUGCACCGAUCCUUGCACAAUGCGUGGCGCGUGUGGCUCAAAUGCGUUGUGCAAAACUGUUCUGCAUCGUCCGCGCUGCUCCUGUCCUAGCUGUCACAUCGGCCGGCCGGAUGUUGAAUGCAAACCGGAUCCAAAGUGUGAGAAAGAUGAAGAUGGGCAGAGCAAAGAACAAAUACCAUGUACCAGUGAUACAGAAUGCCCGGAGACUUUACAGUGUGGCCAAUAUGGCCAGUGCACAGAUCCAUGUAAUAAUCCUCUCUUUAUAUGCGAAAGUAAUAAGAAAUGCGAGACUCGACGCCACCAUCCUGUUUGCAUAUGCAAAUCAGGCUUUAUAGUAAAUGAAUAUGGCGAGCUUACUUGCGCACCAGAUAAACGUGAAUGCUAUCGCGAUGAUGAUUGUGCCUCAAACAUGGCUUGCACAGAAGGUAAAUGUCGUAAUCCAUGCAUAGUACCAUUGGGUCGGCCGGCCAUCUGUGCGGAGAAUAAAUCGUGCGAAGUCCAGGAUCACAAACCAAUUUGUAUUUGCAUGCGCGAUUGUCAACCAUCGAUUUCCAUUUGUUUGCGUGAUGCCGGCUGCCCGGCCGGCCUGGCAUGCCGUAAUUAUCAGUGCGUCGAUCCGUGCAAGUUUGCAACAUGCGCACCUAACUCGCCAUGCAUUGUCGAGGAUCAUAAGCCGAUAUGUAAAUUCUGCCCACCUGGAUUUAUAGCCGAUGCCAAAUAUGGAUGUCAAAAAGAGAUCGGUUGCGCCUCAAGUGAUGAAUGUCCCAGUCAGCAGGCUUGUAUCAAUGCACUUUGUGUGGAUCCCUGUUCACAUGAAAACCCUUGCGGUCGCAGUGAAGAUUGCCGCGUCAUUGAGCAUCAACCUGUUUGUUCCAGAGUUUGUGAGUGCCAGCGUAAAUCAGACUGCCGUGGUGGUUCCGAAUGUGAUGGUUGUCAUUGCAUCGAUGUAUCUGGUCGCACACCUGGCUGUGAGCAUUGUCCACCUGGUGUCAAAUGCGAUCCCACAACUGGUGCUUGUAUCAAGGCUAAUGUAACAAUAACAACUAGUACUACCACCACAAUCUCAAAGAAACCAACGACAACAACAACAACAACCAGAAAACCAACAUCUAACCCAAAAACCACUUCAAAGGCAACAAUCACCACCUCUAGCACUACUAGCAUCACUGAAUCCAGCACAAUCACUAGCCCAACUACUAACAAAACCUUCACGACUAAGCCCAUAAUAGAGACCACAACAACAAAAUCGGGUCACACCAAAGGCUAUCGUGAUGGUGAGAAUAAUAUUACUCAUACGCCAACUCCAGAACCAUCAAUUACGACUACCACUGUGUCGCCUGUGACCAGCACAACCUUGCGUGGUGAAGAUAAUAAGGGUGAUAGUCAGACAAGAAGCACAACACCAAAAAUGAAGACCACUCGCUUGGAUACUUCAAAUGAGAUGCCAGAUACGUCAACCGUGACUAGUGGAACAGUUUGGACCACAGAAUUAUCUACAGAGCCCGGCACAACCAUUGAAAUUGAUACUUUGAUUCCAACAAUAAAUCCACCACCAGGAAACACAACAGAUAUCACACUAAUUAAUCCAUGUACCAUAGAUACUAACUGUGCUCCAAACGAGCAUUGUAAAUUGGGUCGUUGUCGGAAGAAAGAACCGCCGGGUACACCAAAAACACCUGAACCAUGCCAAUCAAACAAUGAUUGCAUUGAAAACGAGGCCUGUUACAUGGGCCUAUGCCAGGAUCCAUGUGAAUUUGCUAAAAUAUGCGCUGCCAGUGCUAAAUGCACAGCUAAAAGUCAUCGACCCAUAUGCACUUGCCCACAGGGCCAUGAAGGCAAUCCAAUGGUUAAAUGUGUACCUACUAAAACCUCAAUGGAGUGUCAAGACAAUUCUGAUUGUGGAGUGACCGAGGCUUGUAUUAAUCAACGUUGUCAACAUCCCUGCGAUGAACAUGAUCCUUGCGCCCAAAACGCUAUUUGUAUUAACACAAACCAUGCGGCCGAGUGUAGUUGCUCAGAUGGAUACCAAGGCAAUGGAUUUAUUGGUUGCCAGCCAGCACGCACCCAUGUCUGCCAAUACAACGAGGAUUGUCCCCCGACGAAACUUUGUGAUCGGCUUAAUCGUCGCUGCAUUAAUCCAUGCCAAGAAGAUUCUUGUGGUGAGAACGCCGAAUGUGUGCCGGUUAAUCAUGGCAUCGAUUGUCACUGUUUGCCUGGUUUCUUGGGAAAUGCCUAUGUCCAGUGUGUUCAGCAACAGGGUUGCCGCAGUAACUCCGAGUGCGAUGUGAAUGAGGCGUGCAUUAAUGGUAAAUGCUCCUCACCUUGUCAGUGUGGUGCCUUUGCUCUCUGUGAUGUUAUCAAUCAUAGGGGAGUAUGCAAGUGUCCACCUGGCUAUAAUGGCAAUCCUAAAGUGGGUUGCAGUCCACCACAGAAUCCUUGCGAACCUAAUCCAUGUGGCCUGAGUGCGCUUUGUGAACUAGAUAAUGGCAAUCCCAUAUGUUACUGCCCCAAGGGCCUGACUGGAAAUCCUUUCAAGAAUUGCAUUCCCGAAGGUGAUGAGUGUACACCAAAUCCAUGUGGCCCUAACUCCGGAUGUCGCCGUGUUAAUGGAUCACCAGUUUGUUUCUGCCUUCCCGAAUACGAAGGUCAACCACCGCUUAUUGCCUGUGAACUGCCCUCAAACCCCUGUGAUCCAUCACCAUGCGGUCCCAAUACUCAGUGUUCCGUUUUAAGCAAUGGCUUUUCCAAAUGCACCUGCCUUCCAGGUUAUGUAGAAAGUCCAAAUACGAUCAGAGGUUGCGUUGAGCCCAUUAAUCCUUGUGAUCCAAAUCCAUGUGGCACUGGAGCUAUUUGCGAUUCGUCACGACAGCCUGUUUGCUAUUGUCCAGAUAACAAGAUUGGCAAUCCAUUUAGACUUUGCGAGAAGCCAGCCGUUUCAAUUGAACUCUGUCAACCUGGGCCUUGUGGACGCAAUGCCGAUUGCUAUGUAGCCGGAAAUCGUGAGGAGUGCUACUGCCGCUCAGGAUAUGUCGGAGAUGCCUACCAGGGAUGCCGAGAACCGAGUCGUACCGUCUGCGACCCCAACCCAUGCGGACCCAAUGCCAAUUGUGUAGUGGCUGGUGAUGGUCAAACCGCUUGUGUCUGCCCUGAUGGCCUCUCUGGUGAUCCAACCUCUCUGGUUGGUUGUCACGGUUAUGAAUGUCAAAUUGAUGCUGAUUGUCCUCACAACAAAGCGUGUAUGGGUUUCCGCUGUUACGAUCCCUGUCCUGGUGCAUGCGGCUAUGGAGCAAGCUGUCGCGUCGAUGAACAUCAUCCAGUUUGUUCCUGUAAUUCUGGUUUAACUGGUAAUCCAGGGCUCCGUUGUUACAGCCUUGACCAUCCCAAAGCCAAUCCAUGCGUGCCAAGUCCAUGUGGUCGCAAUAGUGAGUGCAAGCUUAUAAAUAAUCGCGCUGUUUGUUCUUGCAUUCCGGGCUAUCUUGGUGACCCACAGUCUGGCUGCCAGCCGGAAUGUGAUAUUAACUCAGAUUGCGGUGAAAGCUUAUCAUGCAUAAAUCACAAGUGCGUUGAUCCUUGUGCUGGCACUAUUUGUGGAAUCAAUGCUAUAUGCAAUGUGCGUCAGCACACCCCAGUCUGUCACUGCUUAGAUGGCUUUGCCGGAGAUGCUUUCCUACAGUGUGUACCAAUUGGUAUUCUGAAAAACGUGUCACGGGAUCCAUGCGCCCCUUCGCCAUGCGGACCCAACGAUGUGUGCUCAAUUCAUGGUGAUGGUGUGGCCUUGUGUGAUCCCUGCUUUGGACCUAACGCUCAACAAAAUCCUCGCUGUCGCCCGGAGUGCAUUGCCAAUUCUGAUUGUCCCUUCAAUCGUGCCUGCUUGGGACAGCGUUGUUUAGACCCAUGCCCUGGAUCUUGCGGACGUAAUGCCAUUUGUAAUGUAUAUGAGCAUAACCCAGUCUGCACAUGCAUUGAGGGGCUCUAUGGCAAUCCAUAUGAACAGUGCUCGACGCCAUCGCCAAUUGUCCCAACUCCACCACCAAACUGCGCCAAAUUGCAAUGUGGCGCCAAUGCGGAAUGUAAACGUCACAACAAUGGACUGGUCUGUGUUUGUCGAAAGGGAUACUUUGGGAACCCUCAGUUUGGAUGUCGUCCGGAGUGUGUUUUAAAUAGCGACUGUUCCGCAGAUAGAGCUUGCGUCAAUGCCAAGUGUGAAGAUGCCUGUGUCGGAGUCUGUGGCAUUAAUGCAGUAUGCCGCGUCGUUAAUCAUGCACCUGUUUGUGUGUGUGCCGAUGGAUACUCUGGCGACGCUUUUGUGAGCUGUUCACCUUAUUAUCUGCCUCCGCCACCCGGAGAGCGACCACGCAACCCUUGCGAGCCAUCGCCAUGUGGUCCCAAUUCACGUUGUCUUGCUUCGGCUGAUGGAUAUGCCGCCUGUUCAUGCCUACCCAAUUUCAAGGGUGCACCACCCGUCUGUCAACCAGAGUGUGUAGUGAGUUCCGAGUGCCCGCUUAAUCAGGCAUGCCUUAAUCAAAGAUGCGCCGAUCCUUGCCCCGGUACUUGUGGCAUUGGAGCGCGAUGUGAAGUAUUAAAUCACAAUCCAAUCUGCUCAUGUGAACCACAAUUCGAGGGCGAUCCAUUUGUGGCUUGUUCCCGAAUACCAGAACUGCCAGAUGUUGGCAAAUCGGAGCAAAAUCCAUGUGUUCCAUCCCCAUGCGGACCCAACUCGAUUUGCCAGAUUAAACAAAAUCGACCUGUAUGCUCGUGUGUGGCUAAUUAUAUUGGUAGCCCACCGUAUUGUCGCCCCGAGUGUACUCUAAGCAGCGAAUGUCCCUCCGAUAAAGCAUGUAUACAAGAAAAAUGUCAAAAUCCGUGCGCUAAUACUUGUGGCCACAAUGCCCGCUGUACAGUAAUUGCCCAUUCGGCGCACUGUAGCUGCGAUCAAGGCUAUGAAGGAGACGCUUUCGUUGGUUGUUCAAAGGUCAUUGAGCGCGAACCACAAGAUCAUAUAAAUCCUUGCCAUCCUAAUCCAUGUGCAGAGAAUGCGGUUUGCACGCCACAUAGCGAUGCUGCCCGUUGUAGUUGCAUUGAGCCGUACUUUGGAGAUCCAUAUAGUACUGGUUGCCGACCAGAAUGUAUUUAUAAUUCGGAGUGUCCCUCAGCGCUAGCCUGUAUUAAGCAACAUUGUCGCAAUCCCUGUACUGGUGCUUGUGGUCCUAAUGCCGAAUGUUCGGUGGUCAAUCAUUUACCUACCUGUAGCUGUACCCGUGGUCACGAAGGAGAUCCUUUUGUUGGUUGCAAGCGUACUCCUAUUGGACCAGUCAGUGUAUGCGAACCGAAUCCGUGUGGACCCAAUAGCAUAUGUCGCACUGUGGAAGGACAUCCAACUUGCAGUUGUCAGGUCGGAUACUUUGGUGCACCACCCACAUGCAGACCCGAGUGCGUGGUUAGCUCUGAAUGUGCCCAACAUUUGGCCUGCAUCAAUCAAAAGUGCACUGAUCCCUGUAGCGGUACUUGCGGCUUUAAUGCCAAGUGUCAAGUAAACAACCACAAUCCCAUAUGUUCUUGUCCAAUCGACUACGUUGGUGAUCCAUUCGAGCAAUGCGUGCCUAAACCCCCAGAGCCAUCUCGUAAUGUCAAUCCAUGCCUUCCGAACCCAUGUGGUCCAAAUGCCAACUGCCGCGAUGUUAAUAACCGUGCUGAGUGCUCUUGUGCACCCGGUAUGUUCGGAGCCCCACCCAAUUGCCGACCAGAAUGUGUUAUCAACGAGGAUUGCCCAUCAAACAGGGCAUGUAUUCGACAACGUUGCGAAGAUCCAUGUGUCGGUACUUGCGGUUUUAAUGCUCUAUGCAAAACGCAAAAUCAUCAACCUAAAUGUAGUUGCCAAGAGGGCUACGAAGGAGAUCCGUAUAAUGGCUGCAGUAUGCAUCGAAUUAUGGUGCCCGAUUUGCCCUCUGAUCCAUGUUAUCCAUCACCUUGUGGUGCAAAUGCCAUUUGUCGCGAGCGUAAUGGGGCGGGCUCAUGUAGCUGCAUACAAAAUUAUUUCGGUGAUCCAUAUAUUAACUGUCGCCCUGAAUGCGUGCAGAACAGCGAUUGUCCCGGCGAUAAAACCUGCAUAAAUAUGAAGUGUCGCGAUCCAUGUAUCAACGCCUGCGGUUAUAAUGCCCUUUGCCGUGUUGCCAAUCACCAGCCCGUGUGUAGUUGUGAGCCUGGUUAUACAGGGAAUCCACUGCGCGCCUGCAUCGAGCGACCCUCAAAUAUGUAUCUGCCAAUACCCAAAGAUCCAUGUAGGCCUUCGCCUUGUGGACUCUUUAGCACAUGCCACGUGGUUGACACACGGCCGGUAUGUGCUUGCCUUCCUGAUUAUUUGGGUGCUCCUCCAAAUUGUAAACCCGAGUGCCUUACCAGUGCAGAGUGUCCAUCAGAUAGAGCGUGUAUCAAUCAACGCUGUCGCGAUCCAUGCCCCGGUACUUGUGGGUAUAAUGCACGUUGUCGUUGCACGAAUCACUCGCCCAUUUGUAGCUGUUAUGAUGGAUACACCGGUGAUCCGUUCCAUCAGUGUGUGCCAGAAAGAAAGCCAACACCCAUACCUGACCCCAUUGUACCCAUAAAUCACUGCGUACCAUCGCCUUGUGGCCCCAACUCUCAAUGCCAGCCGUCUAGCAACGGGGCGGUUUGUUCUUGUUUAACAAAUUAUAUUGGACGUCCGCCGGGAUGCCGUCCAGAAUGCACAAUUAAUUCAGAAUGUCCGGGACGAAUGGCUUGCAUGAAUGCACGAUGUGCCGAUCCUUGUAUUGGUUCUUGCGGCAAUAAUGCCAUAUGUCACGUUAGCCUUCAUGCACCCGUAUGUAUGUGUGACGCUGGCUUCACCGGAGAUCCCUUCUCAGGCUGCUACAAGAUUAUAGAAACACCCAUAGAAAUCAGUCAACCGUGCCAUCCUAGCCCAUGUGGCUUAAAUGCCAUUUGCGAGGAACGUAACCGAGCAGCAUCCUGCAAAUGUAUACCCGAAUAUUUUGGAGAUCCUUAUAUAGAAUGCCGUCCCGAUUGCGUGAUUAACUCAGAUUGUCAUAAAUCGCGAUCGUGCGUAAACCAAAAAUGUGUUGACCCUUGUCCAGGCAUGUGCGGACAUAAUGCGCAAUGUGCUGUGUUCAAUCAUGCCCCCAACUGCGAAUGCCUUCCUGGCUAUACAGGAAAUCCUCAAUUUGGUUGUCAUCAGAUUACCGAAAUAACGCGCUAUCCCGAUCCCAUAGUACCCGAAAAUCCAUGUCAGCCCUCGCCAUGUGGGCUGUAUAGCAAUUGUCGUGCCCUUAAUGGUCAUGCAGUUUGCUCCUGCAUCCCCAAUUAUAUCGGCGCUCCACCAAACUGUCGGCCAGAGUGCAUGAGCAGUUCUGAAUGCGCACAGGAUAAGUCGUGCAUCAAUGAACGAUGCAAAGAUCCAUGCCCGGGUACCUGUGGAAAUAAUGCGCUCUGUCGCGUAUUGAAUCAUAAUCCCAUAUGCUCCUGCAGUCCCGGCUACAGCGGCGAUCCAUUUAUUCGCUGCAUUCUUCAAGAACAACGCCCCAAAGAUCCUGUUGAUCCCUGCGUGCCCUCACCAUGUGGGCCAAAUUCUCAGUGCCGGGUGUCGGCGGCUAAUGAGCAACCCGUGUGCUCAUGCUUGCAACAUUAUUUGGGUAGGGCGCCAAAUUGCCGUCCUGAAUGCACUUCAAACUCGGAGUGCGCGGGCAAUUUGGCUUGCAUCAAUCUACGCUGCCAGGACCCAUGCGUGGGCACCUGCGGUGUUCAGACUACAUGCCUUGUAAAUAAUCAUAGACCAAUUUGCCGUUGCAUAGAUGGUUAUGCAGGUGAUCCAUUCUCAGAAUGUAGUCCCAAAAUUAUUGUACCCACGGAAAUCGCGCAACCAUGUAAUCCCAGUCCUUGUGGGGCGAAUGCCGAAUGUAAGGAACGAAAUGGUGUUGGUUCAUGUACCUGUCUGCCCGAAUAUUAUGGGGAUCCGUACACAGAAUGCCGUCCAGAAUGUGUUCUAAAUACUGACUGUUCAAAGAAUCGGGCUUGUCUAAACAACAAGUGUCGUGAUCCUUGCCCAGGUGUUUGCGGUGUAGCUGCCGAGUGUUAUGUAAUUAACCACGCGCCGAGCUGUAGCUGUCCUUCUGGUUACACAGGAAAUCCAUCUCAGUAUUGUCGCGAAAUACCAAAAUUGUCAGCACCUGUUCAACCCUGUGUACCUUCGCCUUGUGGUCCUUAUAGUCAGUGUCGCGAAGUUAACGAGCAUGCGGUCUGUUCGUGCAUUACCAAUUAUAUUGGUGCUCCACCUUCCUGUCGACCCGAGUGUUCAGUUAGUUCGGAAUGCUCACAAGAUAGGGCAUGUGUUAAUUUGCGCUGUGUAGACCCAUGUCCGGGAACUUGUGGCAAUGAGGCUAUUUGUAAGGUCACCAACCACAACCCCAUCUGUUCUUGUCCAGCUGGUUAUAGCGGUGAUCCGUUUAUACGAUGUGCACCUUGGCGUGAAGAGCCUGAAAGCCCCAAGUCUAAUGAGAAUCCAUGUGUACCGAGUCCAUGCGGACCCAAUUCUCAAUGCCGCGUUAUAGGCGAAACCGGUGUGUGUUCCUGCCUACCAAACUUUAUUGGCCGCGCGCCUAACUGCCGUCCAGAGUGCACAUUAAAUUCUGAGUGUCCUGCCAAUUUGGCUUGCGUCAAUGAACGCUGCAAGGAUCCAUGUCCAGGCUCCUGCGGCUUUAAUGCAUUCUGCAAUGUUGUGAAUCAUUCUCCCGUUUGCACAUGCGAUUCUGGCCAUACGGGAGACCCCUUCGCCGGUUGCAAUCCUCAACCCCUGCCAACUCCCCAAGAACGCCUGACUCCCUGCGAACCUUCUCCUUGUGGUCCCAAUGCUGAAUGCCGAGAACGAAAUGGCGCCGGUUCAUGUUCUUGCUUGCCUGAAUAUUUCGGAGAUCCGUACAGUGGCUGCCGGCCAGAAUGCGUAGUAAAUAGUGAUUGUCCACGCGACAAGUCGUGCAGAAAUCAGAAAUGUACAGACCCAUGUCCGGGCGUUUGUGGUUUGAAUGCCGAGUGUCGUGUGUUCAACCAUUUGCCCAGCUGUCACUGUCUGGCCGGCUUCACUGGAAACCCAUCCAGUGCUUGCCGCGAAAUACCCCAGCUACCUCCACCACCACAAGCUGAUGUUAACCCUUGUGUACUUUCACCCUGCGGUCCGUACAGCCAGUGCCGUGAAAUCAACAACCAUGCCGUGUGCUCAUGCCAGUCAGGUUUUAUUGGCUCUGCGCCCAACUGCAGGCCUGAGUGCAUUGUCAGCUCCGAUUGUGCACAAGAUUUGAACUGUCAGAAUCAAAAAUGCGUAGAUCCUUGCCCAGGUACCUGUGGCAUUGAGGCACGUUGUCAAGUCAUAAACCACUAUCCUGCAUGUUCCUGUGCUCCAGGCUUUACUGGAGAUCCUUUCAAUCGAUGCACUAAAAUACUAUUGGAGCCUAUCACACCCAAAGAAACUGGUAAUCCCUGUAUACCCUCCCCGUGCGGACCCAACUCAAAAUGCAUUGAUGUGCGUGGUUCGCCUGCAUGUUCCUGUCUGCCUGACUAUCUCGGACGGCCACCCAACUGCCGGCCCGAGUGCAUGAGUAGUGCGGACUGUCCAGGCAACCUGGCGUGUGUCAAUCAGCGUUGCGCAAACCCAUGUAUUGGAGCUUGUGGCCUGCACUCAUUGUGCACGGUCAUUAAGCAUAAUCCGACAUGUGCCUGCGAGCCUGGUUACACCGGAGAUCCAUUCUCGGGUUGUGCUGUUGUACAGCGAAUUACACCAACUGAAAUACCUCGAAAUCCGUGCAACCCAAGCCCAUGCGGAGCGAAUGCCGUAUGCCGUGAACGGAAUGGUGCUGGUUCAUGUGCCUGCUUGCCUGAAUACAUUGGAGAUCCAUACAGCGGUUGUCGCCCAGAGUGUGUCCAAAACCCAGAUUGCGAUCGUGCUCUUGCUUGUAUUAAUAACAAGUGUCAAGAUCCAUGUCCAGGAGCCUGCGGCAUUAAUGCCGAAUGUCGGGUCCUGAAUCAUGCACCCAACUGUAUGUGCUUUGAUGGAUAUACAGGAGAUCCGCACCGCUCAUGUUCAGUCAUUGAAAUUGUGACGCGUCGUCCGGAGAAUCCGUGCCAACCAUCGCCUUGUGGACCGUAUAGUCAAUGUCACGAUUCAAAUAGCCAUGCGGUGUGCAGCUGUCUCGAAGGAUACAUCGGCGCCCCACCCGGUUGCAAACCCGAAUGUGUUGUCAGCUCUGAGUGUCCUCAAAAUCGAGCGUGCAUUAAUCAGAAAUGCGCUGAUCCUUGUCGUGGAGCCUGCGGCAAUAAUGCCAAGUGUCAGGUGGUUAACCACAAUCCCAUAUGCAGCUGCGUUUCCGGCAUGACUGGUGAUCCAAUUUCGGGAUGUGUCAAAGAUGUUGCCAAGAGCACCGAGAAUCCGUGUGUUCCAACCCCUUGCGGACCUAACUCUAUCUGUCGGGAGAUCGGCGAACAAGCUGCAUGCUCCUGCCAACCAAAUUAUAUUGGCCGUCCACCAAAUUGCAGACCAGAGUGUACCAAUAAUGACGAGUGCCAAAAUCAUUUAUCCUGCCAACAGGAGCGGUGCAUUGAUCCUUGUCCCGGUUCUUGUGGUAGCAAUGCCAUUUGCCAAGUGGUUCAACACAACGCUGUCUGUUCCUGUGCCGAUGGUUAUGCCGGCGAUCCUCUAUUCGGUUGUACGCUACAGGAACCAGAACUGCCAACACCGCCACCCACAUCGCCAUGCGAGCCAUCACCUUGUGGUCCCCAUGCUGAGUGUCGUGAACGCAAUGGAGCAGGUGCCUGCUAUUGCCACGAUGGCUUUGAAGGCAAUCCUUAUGACGCACAACGUGGUUGUCGCCGCGAGUGUGAAACCAAUGAUGAAUGUUCUCCUGGCCGUGCCUGUGUGCGCUUUAAGUGUAUUGAUCCCUGUGAUAAUAUGUGUGGCGAGUUCGCCAUCUGCACUGUUGACAAUCAUGUACCAACCUGUAAUUGUCCAGCGGGCUAUAGUGGAGAUCCAUUCUUUAGCUGUAGACUCGUACCAGUUACGCCGCCACCGCCUUUAAAUCCCUGUGUACCGUCACCCUGUGGUCCCAACAGCAACUGCAGAAGCAUUAAUAACCAAGCCGUGUGCUCAUGUCAAUCAGGUUUCAUCAACCAACCUCCCAACUGCCGACCAGAGUGUGUCGUUAGUGCUGAGUGUGCACCAGAGCGAGCUUGCGUUAACAAGAAAUGUGUCGAUCCUUGCCUACACACGUGUGGUAUUCGCGCCAUUUGCAGCACCAAGAACCAUAGUCCUAUUUGCACAUGCCCACGCGGCAUGACUGGCGAUCCUUUUGUACAGUGCUCCAAAAUAGCAAUAACUCUUGAUGUGACAACUCCAGAGCCACCACCACCUUCAUGCGUGCCGUCCCCAUGCGGGCCUAAUUCGAAAUGCCAAAUAGUCGGUGGUAGCCCGGCAUGCUCUUGCUUGCCAGACUACAUUGGAGCACCACCUAGCUGUCGACCAGAAUGUGUUCUCAAUUCAGAGUGUGGACCCACAGAAGCUUGUAUUAAUCAGAAAUGUCGCGAUCCUUGUCCCGGCUCAUGUGGAUUUGAGGCUAAAUGUCACGUGCUCAAUCACUUACCCAUUUGUAACUGCAUUGACGGCUACACUGGUGAUCCGUUUAUCCGUUGUAGCAAAUUGCCAGAAACAAAGGUGAUUCCCAGACCAGAAGAUCCCUGUGAUCCCAGUCCAUGUGGUCCAAAUGCGGAUUGCUUUAAUGGAGAAUGCCGUUGCCAAAAUAACUAUCAUGGUAAUGCUUACGAGGGAUGUCGUCCUGAAUGUACACUAUCAGCUGAUUGCUCUCGGGAUAAGGCAUGUAUGCGCAAUCGUUGUGUUGACCCGUGCCCGGGUACCUGUGGCAACAACGCCAUUUGCGAGGUUAUGAAUCACAUUCCUGUAUGUUCUUGCAUCCAAGGGUAUGAGGGAGAUCCAUUUACCAAUUGCCGUGUAAAGGUAGUAGAGCCAACGCCAGAGGUGAAGGCUUGCGCUCCAUCACCGUGUGGUGCAAACAGUCAAUGUCGCGACCACAACGGACACGCAGUCUGCUCUUGCCUUGAGGGAUAUAUUGGAGCACCACCUCAAUGUCGUCCCGAAUGUGUUGUGUCUAGUGAAUGCUCAGCACUACAGGCUUGUGUAAACAAGAAAUGCGUGGACCCCUGUGCAGGUGCAUGUGGAAUCGAUGCACGCUGUGAGGUCAUUAACCACAGUCCCAUUUGUGGCUGCCCACCUGGACAAACGGGAGAUCCAUUCAAGGGUUGCACUGAAAUACAAAUGCCUGCGCAAGAUAAACACGUAGACAGUGACCCAUGUGUGCCAUCGCCUUGUGGACCCAAUUCGAUUUGCAAGGCCUCAGGUUUAACCCCAGUCUGUCAAUGCUUACCCGAAUAUUUUGGUGCCCCACCAAAUUGCCGUCCUGAAUGUAUUAUCAACCCAGACUGUCCAUCGACGCAGGCUUGUAUUAACAACAAGUGUCGCGAUCCCUGCCCAGGAUCUUGUGGAACGAAUGCAGAGUGCCGCGUCAUUGCUCACUCUGUAUCCUGCUCAUGUCCUCAAGGAUUUGUCGGAAAUGCUUUCGUACAAUGUUUGCAACAGCGGGAUGAACCUAUCAAGCCAUGCCAGCCAUCGCCAUGUGGAGAUAAUGCUGAGUGCAUUGAGCGUAACGGCGCAGCAUCCUGCAAAUGUAUCGAUGAAUACCAAGGAAACCCCUAUGAAGGUUGCCGCCCUGAAUGCGUGCUCAGCUCGGAUUGUGCCACAGACAAAACUUGUAUUCGUAACAAAUGCCAAGAUCCUUGUCCUGGAAUCUGUGGAUCGAAUGCCCAGUGCUAUGCAGUUAACCAUGUGCCCAAUUGUGUAUGCAUCGAUGGAUAUACAGGUGAUCCGUUUUCGAAUUGUCGCCGCGUAGAACCAACAACACCUGCGCCAGUCGGAGACCCUUGCAGUCCAUCGCCUUGUGGACCCAACAGCAAAUGCCGUGUAUCUAACUCUCUGGCUGUCUGCUCAUGCCUGGAAACAUUUAUUGGUGCACCGCCAAACUGCAAACCCGAAUGCACUGUAAAUGCCGAAUGUCCUCAAAACAAGGCUUGUCACAAAUUCCGCUGCGCUAAUCCUUGCGCCGGAACUUGUGGUAUCAACGCCAAGUGCGAGGUGAUCAAUCAUAACCCCAUUUGCAGUUGUCCUUCAGACUUGACUGGCGAUCCAUUUGCCCGUUGUUAUCCAGCUCCCGAUGUUCCUGCUCCUAAAGAGAAUGAUGAUAAAAAAAAUCCUUGCCAACCCUCACCAUGUGGCCUUUAUUCGGAGUGUCGCGUACGCGGUGACCAAGCGUCGUGUUCUUGCCUACAAAAUUACAUCGGUGCCCCACCAAACUGCAGACCCGAGUGUGUCGUCAACACAGAUUGCGCUUCAGACCGCGCUUGUAUUGCUGAAAAAUGCCGCAAUCCGUGUGAAGGAUCUUGUGGCGUGAAUUCAGAUUGUCGUGUUCAAAAUCACUUGGCUAUAUGCACCUGUCGGGCUAGCUUCACUGGCGAUCCGUUUGUGCAAUGCGUCGAAGUUAUUGAGAGAUCCACGCCGCCACCUAUCGCGUCCAGCGACCCCUGUGAUUUACAACCAUGCGGUGCCAAUGCAGAAUGUCGUGUUGGCAUUUGUAGUUGUCUGCCAGAUUACCACGGUGAUCCCUAUACCGGUUGCCGACCAGAAUGUACAUUAAGUACCGAUUGCGCUCCUAACAAGUCUUGUCUGAAUAAGAAGUGUGUUGAUCCAUGCCCCGGCACCUGUGGCCAAAACUCGCAAUGUGAUGUCUCAAACCAUAUUCCAAUAUGCAGUUGCCUGCAGGGAUACACAGGCGACCCCUUCGUUUAUUGUCGUCAAGAGACCCCCGUACCAAAGGACCCAUGUCAGCCCAAUCCCUGUGGAAGCAACAGUUUGUGUCACGUAUCAGCACAAGGCGCUGUCUGUGCCUGUCAGCCCGGAAUGCUAGGAUCACCACCUGCUUGUAAACCUGAAUGCAUUGUCAGCUCCGAGUGUUCAUUGCAAACGGCUUGUAUACAAAAGAAAUGCGUAGAUCCCUGCCCCGGUGCUUGUGGCCAGUUUGCGCGUUGUCAAGUUAUUAAUCACAAUCCAUCAUGUUCAUGCAACACUGGCUUUACUGGCGAUCCAUUCACACGCUGCUACCAGGAAGAUCGCCAACCACCACCCGAACCAAAGGGCAAUCCAUGCUCACCAUCACCUUGUGGCCCCAACUCUGAGUGUAAGGAACUUAAUGGAAAUCCGGCAUGUUCAUGCGCCGCAACGUUUAUUGGCACUCCACCCAAUUGCCGUCCCGAGUGUACCAUCAAUCCGGAAUGCCCAUCAACCAAGGCAUGCAUCCGUCAAAAGUGCGCUGAUCCUUGCGUUGGAGCAUGUGGAUUCAAUGCUCGUUGUAAUGUGGCCAAUCAUCGACCCAUCUGUACAUGCGAUGUAGGCUAUACUGGAGAUCCGUUUACUGGCUGUCAACAGGAGCAAGAACGGAUUGUCAAUGAACAGAUUACACCCUGUGAACCCAAUCCAUGUGGCUCGAAUGCUGUGUGCCGCGAACGUAAUGGCAUUGGCUCGUGCCAGUGUCUACCCGAUUACUUUGGAGAUCCUUAUCAAUCGUGCCGUCCGGAAUGUGUGCGAAACUCUGAUUGUCCAUCAAACAAAGCAUGCCAACAGCAGAAAUGCCAGAAUCCUUGCCCAGGCACUUGUGGAUCCAAUGCCGAUUGCAGUGUAACGAAUCACAUCCCAAGUUGUACCUGUCGUAUCGGAUAUAUAGGCGAUCCAUAUCGUUAUUGUCAUAUCAAGCCAGCAGAACCUAUUCGGUUGGCCGAGCCAACACAACCCUGUCGCCCAUCGCCCUGCGGCCCCAAUUCCCAAUGUCGAGAGCUGAAUGGCCAGGCCGUUUGCUCUUGUCUUGAAUUACAUGUCGGCUUGCCACCCAACUGUAGACCAGAGUGUGUUUUGAGUUCUGAGUGUCCCACGGACAAAGCCUGUAUAAGCCAACGUUGCCAAGAUCCUUGUCCAGGUACCUGCGGCAUCAAUGCCGAGUGCCGUGUGCGUAAUCAUGCUCCCCUCUGUCAAUGUCGUCAAGGUUUUACGGGUGAUGCCUUCACCCGUUGUUUUGUUGUGCCACCACCACCCCCAGCAAUUGAACGAGUCGAGCGUGAUCCUUGUAUACCAUCGCCAUGUGGCCUUAACAGCCAGUGUCGAAAUGUUCAAGGAGUUCCUUCCUGUUCUUGCUUAUUAGAGUAUAUUGGUGUGCCACCAAAUUGCCGUCCCGAGUGUACAAUUAGUGCAGAGUGUUCACCAAAUUUGGCUUGCAUCCGCGAAAAAUGUAUAGAUCCAUGUCCUGGCUCCUGCGGCUAUGGUGCCGAAUGUAAUGUUGUUAAUCACACACCAAUAUGCACAUGUCCAGCAGGUUAUACGGGCGAUCCGUUUAGCAGUUGUCAGUUGUCUCCACCUGAACAAGUGAUAAACGAAUAUGUUGAUCCUUGCCAACCAUCACCAUGUGGUGCCAAUGCCCAGUGCAAUGCUGGUAUAUGCAGCUGCUUGCCCGAAUUCCACGGUGAUCCUUAUGCCGGUUGUCGCCCUGAGUGUGUUCUUAACUCUGAAUGUCCCCGUGAUAAGGCCUGCAUACGAAGCAAAUGUCAGAAUCCAUGUCCAGGAACUUGCGGCGAAAACGCAAUCUGUGAUGUCAUUAAUCAUAUACCAAUGUGCCGAUGUCCGGAUGGUACCGCAGGCAGCGCAUUUAUCCGUUGCUCUCCAGUGCAAAAAAUUGUAAUUACCAACCCUUGCCAACCAUCACCAUGUGGACCCAACUCUCAAUGUCGGGAGGUUAACCAGCAGGCGGUGUGCUCAUGCCUCUCUGGUUUCUUCGGUACUCCUCCUUCCUGCAGACCCGAAUGUACUUCCAACUCAGAAUGUGCUCCAAUGCAAGCGUGCCUUAAUCAGCGUUGUGGGGAUCCAUGCCCUGGUACAUGUGGUGUAGGCGCCAAUUGUGCAGUAGUAAAUCACAGUCCUUUCUGUACUUGUCCAGUGCGUUUCACUGGCAAUCCAUUCAUACGUUGCCAACCUCAAAUUGAGCCCAUACGCGAGAGUGAACCAACCGAUCCUUGCCGACCGUUUCCAUGCGGUCCGUUUGCGCAAUGCAAAGCUUUAGGUAAUGGUGCGCCUGCUUGCUCUUGCCUAGAAACUUACAUUGGCCGCCCACCAAAUUGUCGUCCUGAGUGUGUAACGAGCUCCGAUUGUAAUAGUCAGUUAGCUUGCGUUAACCAAAAAUGUGUUGACCCUUGCCCUGGCCGGUGCGGUUUGAAUGCCGAAUGUAGAGUUGUCAGCCACGCUGUGCAAUGUAUUUGUCUACAAGGAUUUAGUGGAGAUCCAUUUGUGCAGUGCAGUCAGGAAAUUAUAAGAGACAUUGAGAUACGUACACCAUGCAGUCCGAGCCCAUGUGGACCAAAUGCCAUUUGUCGCGAGCGCAACGGUGUAGGAUCUUGUCAAUGUCUGCCGGACUACUUUGGCAAUCCAUAUGAAGGAUGUCGACCAGAAUGUAUAAUGGACUCCGAUUGUCCCACAAACAAGGCGUGCCAGCAACAGAAGUGUCUUGAUCCCUGUCCAGGAACCUGUGGAUUAAAUGCCAACUGUCAAGUAGUUGAUCAUUUGCCAACCUGCAGUUGUCUCAACGGCUAUAUCGGUGACCCAUAUCGUCAAUGCACACGUCCAGUAGAGCCUAUACGCAAUGAAUACGUAGAUCCUUGCCAGCCUUCACCAUGCGGAUCCAACUCACAGUGUCGUGUCUCCAACGAACAGGCCGUCUGUUCCUGCCUACCUCUAUUUAUUGGAUCCCCACCAUCUUGUCGACCCGAGUGUACGAUUUCAUCGGAGUGUUCAAGUGACAAGGCGUGCAUUAAUCAAAAAUGUAUUAACCCGUGCUCUGCUGAAACUUGCGGUCGAAAUGCCGUAUGCAGAGUCCGUAACCAUAGCCCUAUUUGCAGUUGCCUCUCUGGCUUUACAGGCGACGCCUUUACGCAAUGUUUCCCCAUUCCACCACCACCUAUUGAAAUAAAGCAAGAACCUCUUCGCGAUCCGUGUGUACCGACCCCUUGCGGCCCUAAUUCCGAAUGUCGCAACAUAAACGGUGUUUCUGCUUGUUCAUGUCUACCAAAUUAUAUUGGUCAAUCUCCAAACUGCCGCCCCGAAUGUACUAUUAAUUCGGAGUGCCCUAGUCAACAAGCAUGUAUCAAUCAAAAAUGUCGCGACCCUUGUCCAGGCGCUUGCGGUUUGAAUGCUGUUUGCAGCGUGAUUAAUCACUCUCCAAUAUGCGCUUGUAUUGACGGCUAUAUAGGAAAUCCAUUUACCAGCUGUAGCCCGAAACCGCCAGAACCUACUUCUCCACCGGUACUGGAUGACCCCUGCAACCCAUCACCCUGCGGGCCUAAUGCACAAUGCCGAGAUGGCCAAUGCACUUGUAUACCCGAUUAUCAGGGUGAUCCUUAUGUGACUUGCCGACCAGAAUGCUUGCUUAAUACAGAAUGCCCACGUAAUCGGGCAUGUGUGCGAAACAAGUGCAUUGAUCCAUGCCCCGGCACCUGUGGUGUUAACGCCAUUUGUGAGGUUAACGACCAUGUACCCAUCUGUCGUUGUCCGGACCAAAUGACUGGAAAUGCAUUCUUCGAAUGCCGCAGCGUGCCAGCCCCUCCCAUUCAAAAUCCUUGCCAACCGACUCCAUGCGGGCCGAACAGUCAAUGCCGAGUAGUUCAGCAAACUGCCGUUUGUUCAUGUCUUAUCGACUACAUUGGAAGCCCGCCGCAAUGUCGACCUGAAUGUGUCACAAAUUCAGACUGUUCUGCUGAUCAAGCUUGCCAGAAUAUGAAGUGCCGUGAUCCUUGUCCGGGAACGUGCGGUUUCAAUGUUCUGUGCAAUGUGGUCAAUCAUAGUCCGUUCUGUAGCUGCCCUGCGGGCAUGUCUGGCAAUCCCUUUGUACGCUGUCAGCAACUAUUAGCGCCGCAGCGCGAUGAACGACCCAAAAACCCAUGUGUGCCGUCACCUUGCGGCCCUAACUCUGAGUGCCGCGUAUCUGGUGAUUCGCCCUCGUGUUCUUGCUUACCGGAGUUUGUUGGUGCACCGCCAAAUUGUAAACCGGAAUGUGUUACCAACUCAGAAUGUUCCACCACUCUUGCCUGUAUUAAUCAAAAAUGCACAGAUCCUUGUCCUGGCCUAUGUGGCUUAAAUGCCAAUUGUCGCGUUUUUAGUCAUACUGCCAUGUGCUUAUGUAAUAGCGGCUACACUGGGGAUCCAUUUGCACAAUGCAAUGCCAUCAGAGAUACACCAACCGAGGUAUUGAGGCCGUGCAAUCCAAGCCCGUGUGGCAUAAAUGCAAAAUGUGAGGAACGCGGAGAUGCGGGCUCUUGCCAAUGCUUGCCGGAUUACUUCGGCAAUCCUUAUGAAGGUUGCAGACCAGAAUGCGUGCUUAGCUCAGAUUGUCCAUCAAAUCGUGCCUGUGUGAACCAGAAAUGCCAGGAUCCUUGUCCAGGAACAUGCGGUCAGAAUGCGGAAUGCCAAGUCGUCAAUCAUUUAGCUGUUUGUAAUUGCUUUAGUGGGUACUCCGGAAAUCCAUAUAGUCUAUGUCGUGUCAUUGUUAACGCUCCAUCCGAACCCGUCUAUGUAAAUCCUUGCCAACCGUCGCCUUGCGGACCGAACUCUCGAUGCCGAGAGGUUAAUGACCAAGCUGUAUGCUCAUGUCUCGCAGAAUUCAUUGGUAGUCCGCCUGCUUGCCGACCAGAAUGCACAACCAGUUCGGAGUGUUCCGCUGAUAAAGCGUGCGUAAAUCGCAAAUGCGUUGAUCCUUGUCCCAAUGUCUGCGGUCAACAAGCCGAAUGCCGCGUUCGUAACCAUAAUCCUAUAUGUACCUGUCUUAAUGGAUUUACUGGAGAUCCAUUUACUCGUUGUUACCGUGUUCCCAUUACUCCAGUUCUUCCCGUCCAACGCGAGCCACUUGAUCCUUGCGUGCCAACCCCAUGUGGUGCAAACUCUCAAUGUCGCAACAUCCACGGCACACCUUCCUGCUCUUGUCUGCCCAAUUACUUAGGGACUCCACCGAAUUGUCGCCCAGAAUGUUCAAUUAAUGCCGAAUGUCCCAGCCAUCAGGCUUGUAUCAACCAAAAAUGUCGAGAUCCUUGUCCAGGAUCAUGUGGUCUUAACACGCAAUGUAGCGUGAUUAAUCAUACACCAAUCUGCAGCUGUCUUGUAGGCUACAUUGGUGAUCCAUUUAUCGUGUGUAACCCUGAACCGCCUCAAAGAAUUGAAUCACCACCUGAACCUCAAGAUCCUUGUAAUCCCUCGCCCUGUGGUUCAAAUUCUCGCUGUCACAAUGGACAAUGCACAUGUCUGCCCGAAUAUCAUGGAGAUCCCUACACUGGUUGCCGACCGGAGUGUGUGUUGCCAACAGACUGCAGCCGCGAUCGCGCUUGUGUACGUAAUAAAUGUGUGGAUCCUUGCCCCGGAACUUGUGCAUCGAAUGCAAUUUGUGAAACUCUUAAUCAUAUUCCGAAUUGCCGUUGUCCAGAAGGAAUGCAGGGCAAUGCUUUUGUACAGUGCAAUCCCAUUCCAAAACUAGAUGUACAAGAUCCUUGCCAACCAUCGCCAUGCGGACCAAAUUCAGAAUGCCGCGCAAUCAACCAACAAGCAAUAUGUGCAUGUAUCACACCUUACAUUGGAAGCCCACCCCUCUGUCGUCCAGAGUGUACGACUAACUCCGACUGUGGUUUGAAUUUAGCAUGUCUUAAUCAGAAAUGUCAAGAUCCCUGCCCUGGCGUAUGUGGCCGUAAUGCCCAGUGUCAUGUCACCAAUCAUAGUCCUUUCUGCCGUUGCUUGGACCGCCACACAGGAAAUCCAUUUGUUAGUUGUCAACCGGUUGUUGAGCCUCCAGUGCCGCCACCGCGACAGCCAUGCCGUCCAUCACCUUGCGGACCAUAUGCCCAAUGCCGUGAAAUAAAUGAGACACCCUCUUGCACUUGCUUGUCAAACUAUAUAGGAGUACCACCAAACUGCCGCCCAGAAUGCCUAACCAGUUCCGAGUGUCCGACAAAUCAAGCAUGCAUAAAUCAGAAAUGCCGCGAUCCAUGUCCUGGUCUUUGUGGUCAGGAAGCUGUAUGUCGUGUCAUCUCCCACACUCCAAGCUGCUACUGUCCUGAGGGUCUGGAAGGUGAUCCGUUUGUUCAGUGUGUUACGAAGAAGAUACAACAGUUGGAUCUGUUAGACCCAUGUAAUCCUAGUCCAUGUGGAGCGAAUGCACGUUGCACCUCCCGCCAAGAUGCCGGCUCUUGUCAAUGUCUGCCAGACUACUUUGGUAACCCCUAUGAGGGCUGCCGUCCAGAAUGUGUUCUUGAUUCAGACUGUUCAUCAAACAGGGCAUGUCAACAACAAAAAUGUCAGGAUCCUUGUCCAGGCACUUGUGGUCAAAACGCAAUUUGUAAUGUGCUUAAUCACGUGCCGAGUUGUACCUGUGUAACGGGAUAUAGCGGUGAUCCUUACCGUCUAUGUCUACCAGAACGUCAACCCAUUAAGGAAUAUGUUAAUCCUUGUCAACCUUCACCCUGCGGACCAAAUUCACAGUGUCGCGAGAGUAAUGAACAAGCGGUUUGCUCAUGCUUACCCGAUUUUGUGGGCGCACCACCAGCUUGUCGACCCGAAUGUACUAUCUCAUCGGAAUGUACGGUAGAUAAGGCAUGCAUUGCACAAAAAUGCGUUGAUCCUUGUCCAGGAACCUGCGGUGAGCAGGCCAACUGUCGUGUUGUUAAUCACAGUCCCAUUUGUACUUGUCGAUCCGGUUAUACUGGAGAUGCCUUCUUCCGUUGCUUGCCUAUACCCCCUAUACCAGUGGCCCCUGUACAGAAGACUCCCAUUGAUCCCUGUGUACCAUCUCCGUGCGGCCUUAACGCAGAGUGUCGCCCUAAUGGCGAUGCGCCUGCAUGUUCAUGUUUAGUGGGUUACUUGGGAUCUCCUCCCAAUUGUCGUCCAGAAUGUCGAAUUAAUGCUGAGUGCCCAAGCAACAAAGCUUGUAUUAAUCAAAAGUGUCGCGAUCCAUGCCCCGGUUCCUGUGGCUUUGGAGCGAUAUGUAAUGUGAUUAAUCAUACCCCAAGUUGCAAUUGUCCUGCUGGUUACACUGGUGAUCCGUUUAGUCAUUGUCAACCAGAACCACCACCGAAACCUGUUGAGGCCGAUGAUCCGUGCAAUCCAUCUCCAUGUGGUGCAAAUGCCCAGUGCAAUGCUGGAGUUUGUUCGUGUCUGCCUGAAUACUAUGGUGAUCCGUAUAGUGGAUGUCGUCCCGAAUGUCUCACUAGCUUGGAUUGUUCCCGUGAUCUUGCAUGCUCUCACAAUAAAUGUUUCAAUCCUUGUCCUGGUACUUGUGCUCCGAAUGCUCUAUGUACAGUGCUCAACCAUGUACCAAUAUGUACAUGCCCAGAAGGUUAUGCAGGCGACGCAUUCCUUCAGUGUCAACCCAUACCACAACCCAUUAAUGUUCAGCCCUGUCAACCUUCACCAUGUGGCCCUAAUUCACAAUGUCGUGAAGCCAACCAGCAAGCCGUGUGCUCAUGCAUUCGUGGUUAUAUUGGCACACCUCCUCUCUGCCGUCCAGAGUGUACAGCCAACUCAGAAUGUCCAGCACAUUUAGCCUGUGUUAAUCAAAAAUGUGUUGAUCCUUGCCCCGGUACUUGUGGCCGCAGUGCGCAAUGCAGUGUUGUUAACCAUAAUCCGUUCUGUACAUGCUUACCACGUUUCACUGGCAAUCCAUUUAUCGGUUGCCAACAAAUCAUCGAACCUCCGGAGCGCGAUGUUAUUCCUCAGGAUCCUUGCCGUCCAUCUCCAUGCGGUCCAAACGCGGAGUGUCGCGCCAAUGGCGAUACACCAUCGUGUUCCUGUUUAAGCGAGUUUGUGGGAACACCACCAUAUUGCAAACCUGAAUGCGUGGCAAACUCUGAGUGCCCCACAAACCGCGCGUGUAUCAAUCAAAAGUGCCGUGAUCCUUGCCCAGGCCUUUGUGGCGUCAGUGCAAUUUGUCGUGUUAUCUCUCACACUGCCAUGUGCAUCUGUGAGGUGGGUCUAACUGGUGAUCCCUUUACGCAAUGUCAGCCAAUUAUUGCCGAUGUCGAAGUCAUCAAUCCAUGUCAACCGUCUCCAUGUGGCUCCAAUGCCGAAUGCAUUCAACGCAAUGGUGCUGGUGCCUGCCAGUGUUCCACAGGAUAUUUUGGAAACCCGUACGUGGGUUGUCGCCCGGAGUGUGUGGUCAACACAGACUGCCCGUCAAACAGAGCCUGUCAACAGCAGAAAUGUCGCGAUCCGUGUCCGGGUAGCUGUGGUCAAAACGCUGAAUGCAAUGUUGUAAAUCACACUCCCAUGUGCAGCUGCUUCAUUGGAUAUGUUGGCGAUCCGUAUAGUUAUUGUUCCCAGCCACAAGAACCAAUUAUCCAUGAGUAUGUGAAUCCUUGUGUACCAUCUCCCUGUGGCUCCAAUGCCGAAUGCCGUGAAGUAAAUGGCCAAGGAGUUUGUUCUUGUUUGCGCGAAUUCGAAGGAGUCCCACCCAAUUGUCGACCUCAAUGCACAUCAAGUGCUGAAUGUGCCUCUAAUAGGGCAUGCAUUCGCCAGAAGUGCGUGGAUCCAUGCCCCGGUGUUUGCGGUCAUCAAGCGUUAUGUCAAGUGCAAAAUCAUAGUCCCAUAUGUAGGUGUCCUGAAGGUCUCUUAGGUGACCCAUUUGUGCGUUGUAUUCCUAGACCACCAUCUCCUCCACCGCCGCCCCUUAGAGAUGUAGCUCCAUACCGUAAUCCAUGCGUACCUUCUCCUUGCGGUCUUUAUGCCUCAUGUCGGAAUCAAAAUGAACAAGCAAUUUGCUCUUGUCUACCAAAUUAUUUUGGCUCCCCACCUUAUUGUAGACCAGAGUGCGCUAUUAAUGCAGAUUGUCCAAGUCAUUUAGCUUGCAUUAAUGAAAGAUGUAGAGAUCCUUGUCCUGGAGCGUGUGGCCAGCAAACCGAGUGUCAUGUCCUUCAUCACACACCAAACUGUGUUUGCUUACAUGGCUUUGUUGGUGAUGCUUUCGUGGCUUGCCACCUAGCCCCACAACCACCAUCUUACGAAGAGCCCCACGAUCCUUGUAAUCCUAGCCCUUGUGGCAGCAAUGCCGUCUGUUCUGGCGAAGGUCAUUGUUCGUGUAUUGCUGACUAUCAGGGGGAUCCUUUCGUUGCAUGCAAACCAGAAUGCAUUUUGAGCUCAGAGUGCCCAUUUAAUCGCGCUUGCAUCCAGCAAAAAUGUGUUGACCCUUGUCCAGGUACUUGUGGUACUGAAGCAAUUUGCGACGUAUUUAACCACAUUGCCAUAUGUCGUUGCCCAGAGCAUAUGACUGGCAAUGCAUUUGUGCAUUGCACGCCAGUCCAAAUGGACGUGUAUCGCAAUCCUUGUCUUCCUUCGCCUUGUGGCUUUAAUGCCGAGUGUCAUGAGCAAAACGGUCAGGCCGUAUGCAACUGUCUUCCCAAUUACUAUGGUGUGCCACCUUCCUGCCGACCCGAGUGCACAUCAAACUAUGACUGUGUCCCAAGCCAAGCCUGCCAAAAUCAACGCUGUGUCGAUCCUUGCCCUGGUGCCUGCGGAGCUUAUGCUCAAUGCAGAGCAGUCAACCAUAGACCCUUCUGCACUUGUAGAACGGGCUUCACUGGAAAUCCAUUUAUACAGUGCCAACCGAUUAUUGAACCGCAGCGGGAUGUUGCUCCGCUCAGUCCUUGCCAGCCUUCACCUUGUGGCGCGAAUAGUCAGUGCCGACCCAUAGGCGAUACACCCUCGUGUUCUUGUCUUGAAAACUUCUUUGGUACCCCACCAAAUUGCCGACCCGAAUGUGUCUCUAAUUCGGACUGCAGCCUGAAGCACAUUUGCGUGAAUAAUCGCUGCAAAGAUCCUUGUCCGGGACUAUGCGGCAGUGGCGCAGAGUGUCGCGUGCUUAGUCAUAGUGCCAUGUGCUACUGUGCACAAGGAUAUACUGGGGAUCCAUUCGUUCUAUGUACACCUAAACGAGAUGACCCAGUUGAAGAAGUCAAUCCCUGCAAUCCGAAUCCUUGUGGCGGUUACGCUGAGUGUCGACAACAGGGUGGAAUUGGUUCAUGCCAAUGCCUGCCCGGCUACUAUGGCAAUCCAUAUGAAAGCUGUCGACCCGAAUGCGUUCUCGACUCGGAUUGUCCUUUGAAACAUGCCUGUGUUAAUCAGAAGUGUCGCGACCCCUGUCCUGGCAGCUGUGGAGAAAAUGCCGAGUGCUAUGUGCGCAAUCAUCUGCCCAUCUGUAACUGUAUAAAUGGUUACACUGGUGAUCCAUACCGAUAUUGUAACAUCGAAACAAAACCUAUUCGUGAGUAUGUAAAUCCUUGUGUACCGUCACCUUGUGGACCCAACUCGCAGUGUCGAGAAUUAAAUGAGCAAGCAGUUUGCUCCUGUUUACCUGAGUAUAUAGGUAGUCCACCAGGCUGCCGACCAGAGUGCACACUAUCGUCUGAGUGCAGUUUUGACAAAGCCUGUGUCAAACACAAAUGUGUCGAUCCCUGUCCGGGUGCCUGCGGCAGCAAUGCCGUGUGCCAGGCCAUUAACCACUCUCCUCUAUGCUCUUGUCAGUCGGGUUAUACAGGUGACCCCUUCACACGUUGCUAUCCAGUGCCUCCUCCACCGGUGCAAAUUCUGUAUGAACCUAUGGUAGAUCCAUGCCAACCGUCCCCAUGUGGUGCCAACGCUCAAUGCCGGCAAUCGCAAGGUCAAGCAAUUUGCAGCUGUUUAUCUAACUACUUUGGCAUACCUCCCAACUGUCGACCCGAGUGCACACAGAGUGCCGAAUGUUUAUCCAGCUUAGCUUGCGUUAACCAACGCUGCGUGGAUCCCUGUCCCGGAUCCUGUGCUUACAAUGCAAUCUGUAUUGUACGUAAUCAUGUGCCUAGUUGUCAAUGCCCUGCUGGUUAUGUGGGUGAUCCAUUUACCAGCUGCCAGCCUAAACCACCAGAACCAUUAACGCCAAUUGCCCAUGACGACCCUUGCAAUCCCUCACCCUGCGGGCCCAAUGCUGAGUGUUCAAAUGGACAAUGCUCUUGUAAAAUCGAUUACCAUGGAGAUCCCUAUAUUGGAUGUCGUCCUGAAUGUGUUUUGAACGAAGAUUGUCCAAAAGACCGCGCAUGUGUACUUCAAAAGUGUGUGGAUCCCUGUCCUGGCACAUGUGCCCCCAAUGCAGUAUGCAAUGUUAUUAACCAUAUCGCUAUGUGCCAUUGCCCAGAACGCAUGACGGGUAACGCUUUUAUUCAAUGCGAGCAUCCACCUGUGACAGCUUUGAUACGAAUUAAUCCAUGUGCUCCUUCACCAUGUGGACCGAACAGUCGCUGUCGUGAAUUCAACAAUAACGCUGUUUGCUCAUGCAUUGAGGAUUAUAUAGGAACACCGCCAAACUGUCGGCCAGAGUGUACACGGAAUUCUGAUUGCUUACCUCGUUUGGCAUGUCAACGACAACAUUGUGUUGAUCCCUGCCCGGGAGCUUGCGGCUUUAAUGCUCUUUGUCACAUAGUGAAUCAUGUGCCCAUCUGUACCUGCCCCCCACGGCACAAUGGAAAUCCUUUCUUGGGUUGCUUCCCGGAGCUACCACAACGUGAUACUGUAGAACGAGUGCCAUGCCAACCCUCGCCAUGUGGUCCCUACGCCAAGUGUGAAGCUGUAAGAGAUCAAGAAAUUUGCACCUGCUUGCCAACAUAUGUGGGCUCACCACCCAACUGCAGACCGGAAUGUGUAUCAAAUUCAGAGUGCACAUUUGAUAAAGCAUGUGUAGCUCAACGUUGCAUUGAUCCUUGUCCCGGAGUAUGCGGAGUUAAUGCUCAUUGCCAUGUUAUAAGCCAUGCUGCAAACUGUUAUUGCACUCCUGGGUACACGGGUGAUCCAUUUAUAGGAUGUAGGAAUGUUCCUUUGAUCCAACACGUUGAAAUUAGUCAGCCAUGCUCUCCAAACCCAUGUGGAGCCAAUGCCAAUUGUUAUCAAGAGGGCAAUGUCGGAUCAUGCCAAUGUUUGCCGCAAUAUUAUGGAAACCCAUAUGAAUCCUGUCGCCCAGAGUGCGUUUCCGAUAGUGAUUGUGCCGCAGAUAAAUCUUGUCAACAGAUGAAGUGCCGAGAUCCUUGUCCGGGAGUAUGUGCCUUAAAUGCCGUUUGUCGCGUGAUUAAUCAUCUUCCGACAUGCCAUUGUCUCAGUGAUUUUAUUGGUGACCCCUAUCGUUAUUGUCAAUUGCCUGAAAAACCCAUCCUGAAAGACUAUGUCAAUCCCUGUCAGCCAUCCCCCUGUGGUCCCAACUCUCAGUGCCGUGAGAAUAAUGAUCAGGCUAUAUGCUCUUGCUUACCCGAAUAUGUAGGAGCACCACCCAAUUGUAGACCAGAAUGUGUUACCAGCAGUGAAUGUGCUCGUGAUAAGGCGUGCAUUAAUCAAAAAUGUCAGAACCCUUGUAUUGGAGUUUGUGGUUCUAACGCUGAUUGCCGAGUCAUUCAGCACGCUCCAAUUUGCACAUGUCAUACCGGUUUUACGGGUGAUGCCUUUACACGUUGCUAUCCCUUGCCAAUUCUCCCACCUAUUCAACAAUUAGACGUUUCUCAGAACCCCUGCUUCCCGUCACCCUGCGGCCAGUAUGCACAGUGCCGUGAUUCGCAUGGCGCGGCCAUCUGUAGUUGCGUACCCUCUUAUUAUGGCACGCCACCAAACUGUCGUCCCGAAUGUGUUGUUAACUCCGAUUGUCCUGCUCAUCUGGCCUGCCAACAGCAACACUGCCGCGAUCCUUGUCCUGGCGCAUGCGGAUUUAAUGCCCGCUGCAAUGUCGUAAACCAUACUCCAGCCUGCCAAUGUACAGCAGGCUUAGUCGGUGAUCCGUUUACAUCUUGUCAGGCACCACCAGUUAAAGAACCUCUACGACCACAAAAUGAUGAUCCCUGUCUUUCGAUCACAUGUGGAGCAAAUGCCAUUUGUCAGCAAGGCAUUUGUAGUUGUGUAACUGGUUAUCAGGGCAACCCCAUUUUUGGCUGCCGUCCUGAGUGCUUGCUGAGCACGGAAUGUUCUUUGGAUAAAGCCUGUGUGCGGAACAAGUGUAUAGACCCGUGCCCAGGCACAUGCGGAUCUAAUGCAAUUUGUAAGGUGGCUAAUCACAUAUCUAUAUGUCACUGUCCUGAUGGAAUGACGGGCAAUCCAUUUGUAAACUGUGCGCCCUUGCCAUUACCACCGCCGCGUGUUCUCACUGAUCCUUGCCAACCUUCACCAUGUGGACCAAAUGCUCAAUGCCGAAACAUUAACGGGCAGGCCGUAUGUUCAUGCCUGUCUCAGUAUAUUGGUGUACCGCCAUCUUGUCAUCCAGAAUGCAUCAGCAACUCAGAAUGUCCACUUCAUUUAGCUUGCCUGCAGCAACACUGUAGAGAUCCAUGUCCAGGUGCCUGCGGUUUGAAUGCCGAGUGCCAAGUGCACAAUCAUAGCCCUAAUUGUCGAUGCGCUGGCUCAUAUACAGGCAAUCCAUUCAUUGCAUGCCACCGUCAGACGGUUACACCUCCCGUUCACCAAGACAAUAUCGAUUAUUGUCAACCAUCUCCCUGCGGCGCAAAUGCGGAAUGUAAAGUUGUGCGUGGAAAUGUUCAGUGUAGAUGUCUUGAUGGCUUUAUCGGUUCCCCACCAAACUGUCGACCAGAAUGCGUUACCAACUCGGAUUGUUCAACAAACUUGGCCUGUUUCAAUCAAAAAUGCCGCGACCCCUGCCCUGGUGUUUGCAGUGCUAAUGCAGAAUGCUAUGUUAUUAAUCACACACCGAUGUGUGCAUGCUCUAAUGGCUACAGCGGCGACCCGUACAUCAGUUGUAAUAUAGUUCGCGAUACUCCAGAUGUCAUUUAUCCCUGUGUACCCAAUCCUUGUGGGUCGAAUGCUCUCUGCACUGAACGUAACGGGGCUGCAUCUUGCCAAUGUUUACCAAACUUCUUUGGCAAUCCUUAUUACGGCUGUAGACCAGAAUGCAUCAUAAAUUCUGACUGUCUCAGCCAUCUUGGCUGUUUCAAUCAGCAUUGCCGUGAUCCAUGCCCCGGUGUUUGUGGUCCAAACGCAGUUUGCCAAGUGCGUAAUCAUUUGCCUCAAUGCACUUGCCUUGGAGGUUAUGAAGGAAACCCUUUCAGCUACUGUAACCCAAUACGUGAACCCUUAUCUGAUCCUGUUCCGUCGCAUCCUUGUCAGCCUUCGCCUUGUGGAUACAAUUCGCAAUGUCGCGAGUUAAACGGACAAGCAGUAUGCACUUGCCUACCCGAUUUCGUAGGUUCCCCGCCAUCGUGUAGACCAGAGUGCACAAUUUCUAGCGAGUGCGCCUUUGACAAAGCUUGUAUUAAUCAACACUGCGUUGACCCAUGUCCCAAUGUUUGCGGUCAGAAUGCGAAAUGCCGUGCCAUCAACCAUAGCCCCCACUGUAGUUGUCUGCCUGGUUUCAGAGGCGAUGCCAUUAUCGGUUGCAAGCCUAUUCCACCAGCAAUCAGCUAUGAUGAACCCAAGGAUGUAUAUCGCGAUCCCUGUGUGCCGUCUCCCUGUGGUGCCUUUGGGCAGUGCCAUACUCAAAGAGACCAAGCCGUCUGUACCUGUUUGCCUGGUUACUAUGGUGCUCCGCCCAAUUGCCAACCAGAAUGUGUCAUAAAUCCGGACUGUGCUUCACAUCUUUCAUGUAUAAAUGAAAAAUGCGUCGAUCCUUGUCCCGGCUCUUGCGGCCUACUAGCUCAGUGCAAUGUCAUUAAUCAUACGCCUAUAUGUAGCUGCCCAUCAGGUUACAUUGGUAAUCCGUUUGUAAGCUGCAGACCUCAGCCACCGACCCCCUCACCACCAUUGCGCGAUGCCUGUUAUCCUUCGCCUUGUGGACCCAAUGCUGUCUGCAGCAAUGGAGGACAGUGUAGCUGUCUCCCAGAAUUCGAAGGCAAUGCUUAUAUAGCUUGUCGACCCGAAUGCGUACUAAACACAGACUGCCCUCGGGAUAAGGCUUGCCAACGCAACAAAUGCGUUGACCCUUGCCCAGGUGCUUGUGGUAUUGGUGCAACUUGUGAAGUUCGAAUUCAUGCGCCCAUGUGUCACUGUCCGGUUGGAACGACAGGCAAUGCGUUUGUGCAGUGCACAAUUCUACAAUCCGAUCCAGUUGUACCAGUGAAUCCUUGUCAGCCAUCACCCUGCGGAUCUAAUGCCCAUUGCCGCGUAGCUAACCAGCAAGCAGUGUGUUCUUGCCUUGAAAACUACUUUGGUACUCCACCCAACUGCCGACCAGAAUGUACCAUAAACUCUGACUGCGCGCCCCACUUAGCAUGUGUAAAACAGCAGUGUCGAGAUCCUUGCCCUGGAGCUUGCGGCCAACUCGCCGUUUGCAAAGUUAUUCAACAUGUUCCACAUUGCAGUUGUCCUUCUGGCUAUACAGGCAACGCCUUUUCCUUGUGCCAACAUUUACCGCCGCCACCCCCAACAAUCGUGCAACGAGAACCAAUAAAUCCUUGCCAACCCUCGCCAUGUGGUGCAAAUGCCAGGUGUAAUGAUCUUAAUGGUCAAGCCGUAUGCAAGUGUCUAGAUAGUUUUAUAGGUACACCACCAAACUGUCGACCAGAAUGUAUUUCGUCGUCAGAGUGUCCCAAUCACCUGGCAUGUAUCAACCAAAACUGCCGCGAUCCUUGUCCUGGUCUCUGCGGAAUAGCUGCCAGUUGUCAGGUUACUAGUCAUGUGCCAUCUUGUGUGUGCAUAUCAAACUAUAUAGGUGAUCCGUUUACUCAAUGCCACCCUCGCCCACAAAUCGAACGCGACCAAUUGGACCCAUGCGCCCCAAGUCCAUGUGGCAAUAAUGCCAUUUGCACACAACGACAUGGUGCGGGAUCAUGCCAGUGUCUUCCAGAUUUCUACGGCAAUCCUUAUGAGAGCUGCCGACCUGAAUGUGUUCUUAACUCUGAUUGUCCAAGUCAUUUGGCCUGUAUUAAUCAGCAUUGUCGCGAUCCAUGUCCUGGCAGCUGUGGAUCUAAUGCACAAUGCCAGGUUGUCAAUCAUGUGCCCAAUUGCAGAUGUUAUCCCGGCUUUAAUGGUGACCCUUACCAACAUUGCCAUUUCCAUCAAGCAGAACCAAUUAGUGUGGUAUACACUAAUCCUUGUCAACCCUCACCGUGUGGUCCCAACUCUGAAUGUACCGAAUCCCUAGGUCAGGCUGUUUGUACCUGUCGGCCUGAGUAUUUUGGCACACCUCCAGCCUGUCGACCAGAGUGCACUACCAAUCCCGAAUGUCCCUAUGAUAAGGCCUGUUUAAGUAGGCGAUGCAAAGAUCCUUGUAUCGGUGCUUGUGGUAGUAAUGCCGUGUGCCAGGCUCAUCAGCACAGAGCCAUAUGCUCGUGCCUGCCUGGGCACACUGGUGACGCUUUUGUACGUUGCAUUCCAUUGCCUCUGCCCACUACUCCACUACGCGAACCCUACCAUGAUCCCUGCAUGCCAUCACCCUGUGGGCAGUAUGGCGAAUGUCGAAUUGAUUACGGAAAAGCCGUUUGUACCUGUCUCUCAACUUAUUAUGGCACACCACCCCAUUGUCGACCCGAAUGUACCAUUAAUUCAGACUGUCCAAGUCAUCGAUCUUGUAUCAACGAAAAGUGUAGUGAUCCAUGCCCUGGUGCUUGUGGUCUCAAUGCUGAAUGCAAUGUGCUAAACCAUGUACCAAGUUGCACAUGUCUAAACGGCUAUGUUGGAGAUCCAUUCUAUCGUUGCUAUCCUCAAGCCGUAAACCCUGUCAGCACUGACACUCCAAUCGUUGCUACAAAUCCUUGUGAUCCCUCACCAUGUGGUACCAAUGCUCAGUGCAAAGAUGGUGUCUGUAGUUGUUUACCUUUGUACUUGGGUGAUCCGUAUAUAGGCUGUCGUCCGGAGUGCGUCCUCAGCACGGAAUGUGCAUUCGAUAAGUCAUGUGUACGCAACCGUUGCAUAAAUCCUUGCCCAGGUACUUGUGGACUGAAUGCAAUUUGUGAAACCCACAACCACGUGGCAAUGUGUCACUGUCCAGCUGGAUUCCAGGGCAAUCCAUUUGUUUUAUGCCAACAACAAAUUUUACAAGAACCUGUAGAACAGCAUCCUUGCCAGCCCUCACCAUGUGGGGCCAACGCCGUCUGCCGUGAAGUCGGAACCCAAGCUAUUUGUAACUGUCUUCCUGAUUAUUAUGGCAGUCCCCCAUCUUGCCGACCUGAGUGCACAAGUAAUUCAGAGUGUCCACUUCACUUAGCAUGCGUUAAUCAGCAUUGCCGGGACCCUUGUCCUGGUGUAUGUGGAUAUCUAGCUGAAUGCCAUGUUCUUAACCAUAACCCACAAUGCGUUUGCCAGGCUGGUCAUACAGGCAGCCCAUAUCUACGAUGCCAUCCCAUUAGACAGCUUACAAUACAACAAGAGCCUUUGGAUCCGUGUGUGCCUUCACCUUGUGGAUCUCACGCAGAAUGCACGAGAAAUGAAAAUACAGCAACGUGUCGCUGUUUGAUUGGCUACGUGGGCGUGCCUCCGUAUUGCCGACCAGAGUGUGUUUCAAAUAGCGAAUGCCCUGGAGAUAGGGCUUGUAUUAAUCAAAAAUGCCAAGAUCCCUGUGUUGGCUUAUGUGGUUUUAAUGCCGUAUGCCGUACAUAUAAUCACCAGCCUAACUGUGUGUGCGCUCCCGGAUUAGUAGGCAAUCCAUUUAAUGCCUGUCAACCUCCACCACCUCCUGUUUCUUUGCCACCUAUUACAUCUAUCGAAAUACAGCAGCAAGAGCAACCAAUACGUAACCCAUGCGAGCCAAACCCUUGCGGUGCAAAUGCACAGUGCAGUCAGUAUCGGGACAUUGGAACUUGUAGCUGUUUACCUAACUAUUAUGGCAAUCCCUAUGAAGCUUGUCGGCCGGAAUGUAUUAUAAAUUCAGAUUGUUCUUCAAAUCGAGCAUGUGUGCAACAAAAAUGUCGUGACCCCUGUCCAGGCACUUGCGGAUUAAACGCUGAGUGUCGUGUAAUUGACCAUCUGCCCCAUUGCAAUUGCUUUAGGGGCUACACGGGUAACCCUAUGGUAUAUUGCAAUCCCUUGCCAGUAGUCCAGAAAUCUCCCUUAGAUGUCAUUAAUUUAUGCCAACCUUCACCCUGUGGCUUAAAUGCAAACUGUAGGGAAUCCAAUAAUAGAGCAAUUUGCUCUUGUCUCCCUGACUUUUUUGGCAUUCCACCCAACUGUCGACCUGAAUGUACCCUAAACUCUGAAUGUCCUCUUGAUAAGGCCUGUGUAAAUCUAAAAUGUGUUGACCCUUGUGAAGGAACUUGCGGUAUUCACGCUGAAUGUCGUGUGCAUUACCAUAAUCCGAUUUGUUACUGUAUAUCUUCCCAUACUGGCGACCCGUUUAGACGUUGCUACGAGAAUCCAAGACCGCCAUCGCCGGUCAGGCCAUUAUUAUAUGAUACACCAGCACCACCUUACCCGGUUUCUAUAAAAUACCCAAACAUUACCCCGGGUAUUCAAAACAUUCCUUCCUACCCACACGCUCCUGUUUUAAAUGUCAACUACCAGACGCCAGGAGUCGUAAAUAUUCCAUCGGUUGUACAAGCAUCGGUCCCAACACAUUAUCCUCCAACUUACGACGUGUACCACCCUCCUCCAACUGCACAACAGCCCGGAGUCGUGAAUAUUCCAUCCGUUCCACAGCCGUUGCCGGUGCAUCCAACACCGCAGCCCGGAGUCGUGAAUAUUCCAUCCGUUCCACAGCCGUUGCCGCCAUCACCGCACCCAAGUGUAGUGAACAUUCCGUCGGUGUCUCAACCAGUGCAUCCAACACCGCAGCCCGGAGUCGUAAAUAUUCCAUCCGUUCCACAGCCUUUACCGCCUUCUCCAAAUCCAAGUGUAGUAAACAUUCCUUCGGUGCCUCAACCUGUGCAUCCAACACCGCAGCCCGGAGUCGAGAAUAUUCCAUCCGUUCCACAGCCUUUACCGCCUUCUCCAAAUCCAAGUGUAGUAAACAUUCCUUCGGUGCCUCAACCUGUGCAACCACCUACUCAACCUCCAGUUUACGAUGUUUAUAACCCAACUACACCACUACCAAUUCCACAACAGCCGGGAGUCGUGAAUAUACCAUCCGUUCCUCAACCAGCGCAUCCAAUACCGCUGCCCGGAGUCGUGAACAUUCCUUCCGUUCCACAACCUUUACCGCCUUCUCCAAACCCAAGUGUAGUGAACAUUCCGUCGGUGCCUCAACCAGUGCAUCCAACACCGCAACCCGGAAUUGUGAAUAUUCCAUCCGUUCCACAGCCGUUGCCGCCAUCACCGCACCCAAGUGUAGUGAACAUUCCGUCGGUGUCUCAACCAGUGCAUCCAACACCGCAGCCCGGAGUCGUGAAUAUUCCAUCCGUUCCACAGCCUUUACCGCCUUCUCCAAACCCAAGUGUAGUAAACAUUCCUUCGGUGCCUCAACCUGUGCAACCAACUACUCAACCUCCAGUUUACGAUGUUUAUAACCCAACUACACCACUACCAAAUCCACAACAGCCGGGAGUCGUGAAUAUACCACCCGUUCCUCAACCAGCGCAUCCAAUACCGCUGCCCGGAGUCGUGAACAUUCCUUCCGUUCCACAACCUUUACCGCCUUCUCCAAACCCAAGUGUAGUGAACAUUCCGUCGGUGCCUCAACCAGUGCAUCCAACAUCGCAGCCCGGAGUCGUGAAUAUUCCAUCCAUUCCACAGCCUUUGCCGCCUUCACCAAACCCAAGUAUUACGAACAUUCCCUCCACUCCUACACCGGCGAAUCCUCCAGUGGAAGAACGACCAGCUAUUUACGAUGUUUACUAUCCACCACCUCCAUCUACACCGGGAGUGAUAAACAUUCCUUCUCCUCGACCAGUUUACCCAAUAUCUCAGCAGCCCAUAUAUAUACCAAACUCAGAACCAAUAAAACCAGCACCCAACGUGUUUAAUAUUCCUGCUACACUUCGCCCGACUUACCCACCACAGAAGGCACCAGUCAAUGAUAUUAGCUAUCCGACAUCGGAACCACCAAAGCCUGGAGUUAUUAAUAUACCUUCAUUGCCCCAACCUGCUCCGCAACCGUCUCAUCCUCCAUCAUUUAUACCAACUCCGACCCCUGCAUAUGUACCUACUCCCAGGCCAGAAGUUAUCAACAUUCCAUCAAUAACGAAGCCUCCGCAACCCUCACCGGGAAUUGUAAAUCUGCCAUCAGCACCACCUACUCCUGCUGUGCUACAGACAACUACACCACGUCCCGUUUUUGAUAUAGGAAUACCUGUACCCGAAGGCAACCCUUGUUACCCAUCCCCAUGUGGUCCUUUCUCUCAGUGCCACAACCGCUUUGGCAUAGCUUCAUGCAUUUGCCUGCCCAACUAUAGCGGCACUCCACCCAAUUGUCGACCAGAAUGUACAGUUCAUUCCGACUGUCCACUACACUUGGCAUGCAUCAAUGAAAAAUGUCGCGACCCUUGUCUGGGAUCGUGUGCUUACAAUGCCAUCUGCCGAGUUUAUAAUCAUGUACCCAACUGCUUCUGUGACGUAGGAUACACCGGUGACCCGUUCGUCUCAUGUCACAGAGCACCAGUACUAAGUGAACUUAUUCAACCAAAGGAUCCAUGUUAUCCAUCACCAUGUGGAGCAAAUGCCAUUUGUAAUAAUGGAGUUUGCAGUUGUUUGCCGGAAUAUCAAGGAGAUCCUUAUGUGAACUGUCGGCCGGAAUGUAUCUUAAAUACAGAUUGUGCCAAGAACAAGGCUUGCAAACAACAAAAAUGCCGCGAUCCUUGCCCAGGCACUUGUGGUCUGAAUGCCGUUUGUGAGGUUUACAAUCAUGUAGCAUCUUGCUCUUGUCCAGAACAAAUGCAGGGAGAUGCAUUUAUUCAGUGCUAUUCAAUCCCACAACCUGUACCUACCCAACCUCCCAAGAUUACAGCAAUAGUAUCGACAACUUCAUUACCUGCAGUUGUACCACAACGUACUCCAAUUAAUCCUUGUUAUCCAUCGCCGUGUGGUCCUAAUGCCAAUUGCAGGCCAUAUCAUGAGCAAGCGAUCUGUUAUUGUCUACCUGGUUAUCUAGGGAUACCGCCAACAUGUCAUCCCGAGUGUACUACUCAUUCGGAUUGUUCCCUUGAUAAAUAUUGUUUGAAUUUAAGAUGUGAAGAUCCGUGCCCGGGUGCCUGCGGUCAUCGGGCGGUAUGUCAUGUGCAAAACCAUAGCCCCAUUUGUGUGUGUCCAACAGGAUUAACGGGUAAUCCGCUUAUAGCUUGUCAACCGAUAGCUCCACCUUUAUUAGAACAAGACGAAAUAAACCCCUGUAAACCAUCACCUUGCGGUCUAUAUUCCCAAUGUGUGCCUACGACUCACGGUGCACAAUGCUCUUGCCUUCCAGAGUAUCAGGGCACCCCACCCAAUUGUCGUCCAGAAUGUAUUAAUAGCGCCGACUGCUCAGCUGACAAGGCAUGCCAUAAUCACAAAUGCAUUGAUCCAUGUCCUGGCAGGUGUGGUCAACUCGCGCUUUGUCGUGUUAUAGCUCACAGUCCCACUUGCUAUUGCCCGGACGGUUAUGUGGGCAAUGCGUACAGUAUCUGUGUGCGUGAUACUCCACCAACACCUAUAAUAAUGGCAUGCAAUCCCAGUCCCUGUGGGGCGAACGCAAUUUGUCAACCCCAUAAUGACAUUAGUGUUUGCUUAUGUUUGCCAAACUAUUAUGGUAAUCCAUAUGAGAUAUGUCGUCCCGAAUGUACAGUCAACUCGGACUGUACCAGUAACAAGGCAUGUCUGGCCGAGAAAUGCCGUGAUCCUUGUCCUGGUGCUUGCGGCCUAAAUGCCUACUGCUUGGCCAUAAAUCAUGUCCCCGUUUGUCAAUGCCAACCACACCAUAUUGGCAAUCCUUAUGUCAGCUGUAAUAGAGUGCAGUAUGAACCUACGCCGCCAGUAUAUGUAAAUCCCUGCCAGCCAUCUCCUUGUGGUGCGAAUUCCCAAUGUCGUGAAUCUCAGGGACAGGCUAUAUGUUCCUGCCUGCCCAGUUUUGUGGGCACGCCACCUUCCUGUCGACCUGAGUGUGUGAUUAGCACCGAGUGCUCUGCGGACAAGGCCUGCAUUAAUCAAAAGUGUCAAGACCCAUGUCCGGGUACUUGUGGAAUUAAUGCUCAGUGCCAUGUUCGUAAUCACAGUCCACUAUGUACAUGCCUACCUGGUUAUACUGGGGAAGCCUUUACCCGCUGUCUACCAAUGCCCCCACCCAAGCAAGUGAAACCAACAGCCGAUCCGGUUGAUCCGUGCCUACCUUCGCCUUGUGGACCAUACUCCCAGUGUCGUCAAGUGAACGGAGGAGCCAGCUGCAGCUGCUUGCCCAACUAUAUAGGCGCGGCGCCAAACUGCCGACCUGAGUGUACCAUUAAUGCGGAAUGUCCAAGCAAUUUGGCUUGCAUCAAUGAAAAAUGUCGCGAUCCAUGUCCUGGUGCCUGCGGCUUUGCAGCUACUUGCAAUGUUAUUAAUCAUACGCCCAGUUGUUCCUGCCCCGUAGGCUAUACCGGCGACCCCUUCAGCAGCUGUCGCCCCCAGCCACCCCCACCAACGGAAGUUAAAACACCCAAAGAUCCUUGUAAUCCUUCACCUUGCGGCGCUAAUGCUAUUUGUCGUGAUGGCCAGUGCUCUUGCCAACCAGAAUACCAAGGUGAUCCCUACACAGCUUGUCGUCCCGAAUGCGUACUCAACUCUGAGUGUCCCAGGAACAGAGCUUGUGUACGCAACAAGUGUGUCGAUCCCUGUCCGGGUACAUGCGGGCAAAAUGCUCUUUGCGAUGUUGUAAAUCAUAUUGCAAUGUGUCGCUGUCCGGAACGCAUGACUGGUAAUGCCUUCAUUGCCUGUUCACCAAUACGAGACGAGAUUCCAUCACAGCCGCCCAAUCCCUGCCAACCCUCACCAUGUGGCACAAAUGCCCAAUGUAUUGAACGAAAUGGAAAUGCAGUUUGUUCCUGUAUCACCGGUUACUUUGGACAGCCACCGAAUUGUCGUGUGGAAUGCUACACGAGCUCAGACUGCUCACAAGUUCAUACAUGCAUUAACAGCAAAUGCGUGGAUCCGUGUCCGGGUCGUUGCGGCCUAAAUGCGGUGUGCCAAGCAGUACAACAUAGAGCUCAUUGCGAAUGUGUUGCCGGCUAUACCGGCAAUGCCUAUAGUUUGUGUAGUCUUAUUGUCGUAGAGCGAAAGCCCGAAACUGCACGUGAUCCUUGUUAUCCAUCCCCAUGCGGUCCCAAUUCACAGUGCCGAAAUGAAAACGGACAGGCUCAGUGCAGUUGCUUGGCCGAGUUCCAGGGCACUCCACCAAAUUGUCGUCCUGAGUGUGUGAAUAAUGACGAAUGCGCUGCUAACUUGGCUUGCAUUAAUCAGAAAUGUCGCGAUCCCUGUCCUGGUAGUUGUGGCCAGAACGCCCAGUGUACGGUAACCCUUCAUACUCCCAAUUGUCACUGUCCUGCCGGAAUGACUGGUGAUCCCUUCCGGCUUUGUCACCCAUUACCCCAAAAUUUGCCUACGCCAAGUCCACAACCUGAAAACCCGUGUUACCCAUCGCCGUGUGGCACGAAUGCCGAAUGCCGUGUUCGCGGACACAAUUAUGUCUGUGAGUGUCUGCAGGAAUAUAUUGGUAAUCCCUACGAGGGUUGCCGCCCAGAAUGUGUCGGUAACUCGGAAUGUCCAGCAAAUCGUGCAUGCAUUCGAAACAAGUGUGCGGAUCCUUGCCCUGGAACCUGUGGUCUGGAAGCCAUUUGUACCAUUAACAACCAUUUACCGAUAUGCUCAUGUCCAGCCGGUUUUACGGGCAACGCGUUUGAGCAAUGUACACGUUUGGUGACACCACCACCGCCCUCAGAUCCCUGCUAUCCUUCGCCAUGUGGACUCAACUCAGUUUGUCGUGUACAACGUGAUCAGGCCGUGUGUGAAUGUUUGCCUGGCUUCUUUGGUAAUCCGUUAGGACAAGGCUGCCGACCAGAAUGUACUCUCAGCUCGGACUGUGCCAAGGAUCGGGCGUGCGUUAAUUCUAAAUGUGUUGAUGCUUGUACUGGUGUUUGCGGCUAUGGUGCGGUCUGUCAAACCAUCAACCAUAGUCCCAUAUGCAGCUGCCCUGGCGAUAUGGUCGGCAAUCCGUUUGUACAAUGUGAACAACCGCGGCAAGCCGAACCCGUUGAUCCUUGCAAUCCAUCGCCCUGUCGCAGUAACGGAAUUUGUCGUGUCGUAAAUGGAGCUGCCACUUGCAGCUAUCCUGAGUGUGUUACUAAUGAGGAUUGUUCGCGCGAUCGUACUUGUGUCAGUCAAAAAUGUCGGGAUCCUUGCCUACAUGCAUGCGGUCUUAAUGCCAUUUGCCGUGCUGUCAAUCACAAGGCUGUUUGCAGUUGCCCGCCUGAAUUCUAUGGUUCACCAUACGCCCAGUGUGUCAGGCAAGAACCAGAGUUGAAGCCUGUUAAGCCCGAGUGUGUCAGCGAUUCAGAAUGUACCAACGACAAGGCAUGUAUCAAUCAAGUUUGCCGAAACCCUUGCGAACAAUCUAAUCUUUGCGCGCAACAAGCUCGUUGUCAUGUGCAAUUGCACCGACCUCUAUGUGUCUGCAAUGAAGGUUACACCGGCAAUGCUCUACAAUAUUGCUAUCUGGUGGGCUGUCGCUCGGACGGUGAAUGCGCUCCCACCGAGGCCUGUAUCAAUGAAAAAUGCGUUGAUCCUUGCAGUUUCACACAAUGUGGUGUUGGAGCCAUUUGUCGCGCCGACUUUAAUCAUCGUGCCCGUUGUCAUUGCCUUGAUGGUUAUCGCGGAAAUCCAUUGGUACGUUGUAACAGACCGGAAUGCCGCAGCGAUGAUGAAUGUUCAUUCAAUUUGGCCUGUCGCAAUGAACACUGUGAGGAUCCAUGCAAUUGUGGCAUCGGUGCCCAGUGCCGCGUCGAUAAUCAUCGCGCCCAGUGUCGUUGCCCGGCUGGUUUUAGUGGAAAUCCUGCUGUUCGUUGCGAUUUGGUACCACAACAGCCUGAAGGCUGCACCAUGGAUGCAGAAUGCCCCAGUAAACUGGCUUGCUUUGGAGGAGAAUGCAAGAACCCAUGCGAUGUAACGCAUCCUUGUGGAGCCAAUGCCAUUUGUGAAGUUGUUGACACAUUACCACUGCGUACUAUGAUCUGUCGCUGUGAGCCUGGAUAUGUGGGUGAUGCUGACAUUGGAUGUCGCAAAGAACCCGCAAGAGAUCAAGGCUGCACUUCGGAUGAUCAAUGUCAGGAUACAGAAGCCUGUCGCAGCGGUGUUUGUGUUAAUCCUUGUUUGGAAGCUUCACCAUGUGCACGUACAGCCCAAUGUCUUGCCCAGCAUCAUCGUGCUAUUUGCAGUUGCCCACAAGGCACACAAGGAGAUCCGUUCACCAACUGCUAUGAGCCACCACAAGUCACAGCUGGAUGUACACAUGACUCAGAAUGUACACCAACAACAGCCUGCAUCAAUAAACGUUGCCAAGAUCCAUGUGCUGAGGCCAAUCCUUGUGCCGGAAAUGCUGAAUGCCGUGUACAGAAUUCACGUCCAAUAUGUUAUUGUCCUGCUGGCUGGGGUGGUGAUCCUCAAGUUCAAUGCUAUAAACCCGAGUGCAAGAUCAACGCUGAUUGUCCCUACGAUAAGGCUUGUCUGAACGAGAACUGCGUUAAUCCUUGUACAUAUAGUCAAGUACGUUGUGGUAUUGGAGCCGAAUGCUUGCCUCAAAAUCAUCAAGCCGUGUGCAGCUGUCCUGCUGGAACACAAGGUAAUCCUUUCGUCACUUGCAUUACGGGACACUGCCAAUAUAAUGAGGAUUGUGCCGAUCAUGAAGCCUGUGAUCGUUUGAACCGAGUUUGUCGACCAGUAUGUGAACAGGACACUUGUGCUCUGAACGCCCUAUGCGUGGGUCGUCGUCAUCAACCACAGUGCGAGUGUCGUGCCGGUUAUCAAGGCAAUCCAUUAGUUCAAUGCGACUUACCUCAACGCAUUCCACAACCCCAGUGUACCCAAGAUGCGGAAUGUCCGUCGAAAUUAGCUUGCAUCAAUCAACGUUGCUCGAACCCUUGUGCCACGCCUCAUGUGUGCAGUCCCCAGCAAAGCUGCUCGGUUUUGGAUACACUUCCACUGCGCACUAUGAUCUGUAAAUGUCCAAGUGAUACUGUCACAGAUAAUUCCGGAAAUUGUGUCCCCAUUAAGACACCAGUUGUCACUGUCGGUUGCCAACACAAUUCUGAAUGUGCCAAUCCUGAGGUCUGUCUACAUGGCAGUUGCCUGGAUGCCUGUCGCCUGGAGAAAUGUGGUUUUAACGCCCAAUGUACUGCCCGAGAUCAUUAUGCCCAAUGCAGCUGUCCACCUGGCUAUCAAGGCAAUCCUCGCAUUGAAUGCUCUACAAAAGAUAUUGCUCUGCCAAAGAUUCCGGGUGCUGAAUGUACCCGCAAUGACGAUUGUCCAGAGGAAAAAAUAUGCCGUAAUGAAAGAUGCAUAAACCCGUGUGUGGCCGAUCCAUGUGGUCGCGGUGCCUAUUGUCACGUCCAGCAGCGUGCGGCUAUUUGUCGCUGCCCACCUGGAUAUACUGGCAAUCCCAAAGAGCGUUGCCUACCACCGUCCGAUGUCAUAACCGUUGGCUGCAAAGCCAAUUCAGAUUGUCCCGUUUCUGAAGCCUGUAUCAAUGCCCAGUGUGUCAAUCCUUGCAAUUGUGGACCGAAUGCCGAGUGUACGGUGAGGAAUCAUCAUCCAAUUUGCUAUUGCAAGCCAGGAUUUUCGGGCAAUGCUCAGUUCGGUUGCGCACCCAUUGGAUGCCAGUCGGACGAUGAGUGUUCUGGUGAUAAACAAUGCUUGAAUAGGGAGUGCGUCAACCCUUGCUUGGUAACCGAUCCUUGUGCAUUGAAUGCUGAAUGCUUUGGCCGUAAUCAUCGUGCCAAUUGCCGCUGUCCAACUGGUCUCGAGGGUGAUCCAUUUGUAAGAUGUCUGCGUCUAGAAUGCCACUCCGACUACGACUGUGCCACAAAUCUCGCUUGCGUCUCGAACCAAUGUGUCAGUCCAUGUGCCCCAAGUCCGUGUGCCCAAAAUGCCGUAUGUCAGGCCCUUCAACACCGCGCCAACUGUCACUGUCCAGAGCAUUUACCUCUAGGUAAUCCAUUUGCUUACUGUGAACCACGGCCUGUGGAGCCAGUCUGUCGAGACGACGGCGAUUGUCCUAGCGGUUUGGCCUGCAUCGAUGCCAAGUGCCAGAAUCCAUGCACAGAGUUGUCUCCAUGUGCUCGUAGUGCCCAAUGCAGUGUUUUGGAUAGCGUCCCAGUGAGAACCAUGGUCUGCCAAUGCCCAGAGGCGCAAGUGCCCGAUGCAAGCGGCGAGUGCCGCAAGUUGGUGCUACAGAGUCCACCUGGCUGCGAAACCGAUCAUGAUUGCCCCGAUCAAGAGGCAUGCAUUCACCGUCAAUGCCGCAACCCAUGCAAUUGUGGAACCAAUGCCAUCUGCCAGGUGACUCAACACCGAGCAGUGUGCAGUUGCCAGGAUGGUUUCGAAGGUAACCCAUAUGCAGCCUGCCGUUCGAUCGGCUGCCGUUCGGAUGACGAGUGCAGUUUCAACAAGGCUUGUAUCAAUGCAAAUUGCAUUGAUCCCUGCCUAAUCAACGAUCCCUGCGGACCCAAUGCCGAAUGCUAUGUGCAGUCGAGUCGCGCCCAAUGUCGCUGCUUAAGUGGAUUCAGAGGAGAUCCGUAUGAACGUUGUCGCGUCAUUGGCUGCAGCAGCAACAAUGACUGUCCCACCGACAAGACAUGCCAGAAUGAACAGUGUGUCAACCCCUGCAUCUACCACAAUCCUUGCUCCCCGCGUGCCGAAUGUCGUCCACAAAACCACAUCGCUGUUUGUCGAUGUCCAACAAACUAUUUGGGAAAUCCCUAUGUCGAUUGUCGCCCACAACCACAGCCGGUCUGUCAACUAGACACCGAUUGUCCGUCCCUGCAAGCCUGCAUUAACGAGCAGUGUGUGGACCCAUGUUUAGUGUUGGAGCCAUGUCAACGACCGGCUCGUUGUCAAGUUACACCCACAGCUCCAGUACGCACCAUGAUUUGCAUCUGCCCCGAUGGAUAUAUAAGUAGCGGUAGUGGCAGUUGCAAGCCCACCACCAGCAUUGUCAAGAUUGGCGGAUGCGUAUCGGACUCCGAUUGUCCAGCUGACAAAUCCUGCUUAAACGGUAUUUGCCGUGAUCCAUGCAACUGUGGACUGAAUGCCGAAUGCCGUAUCAAGGAUCAUAAGCCCAUUUGCACUUGCCGUCAAGGCUAUGAAGGUAAUCCAGAGUUUGAGUGCUCUAAGAUAGAAUGUACUAUCAACUCGGAGUGUCCGGCAACCCAUGCCUGCCGUAACCAACUAUGUGUCCCAGCCUGUCAGGGUGAGCAAUGCGGUCCCAAUGCCGAGUGCUUGGCUGUCAAUCAUCGUGCAGUAUGCGAAUGUGCUCCUGGUCACGGUGGUAAUGCACGCCUUGGCUGCACACCUCUGGGAUGCCGCACCGACGACGAAUGCCCAACGGACAGAGCCUGUGUUAAUGGAAAAUGCGCAGAUCCCUGUGAAACAACCGCCAUAUGUGCCAGCGACGAACGAUGCAAAGUGUAUCAACACAAACCACAAUGUGCCUGUCCUCCGGGAACGAUACCAGGACGAAAUGGUUGCGAACAGGAACGCGUUGUCCCCAUUUGCAUCAGUGACGCCGAUUGUCCAACUCAACGAGCCUGUCUGCGUGGCGAAUGUGUCAAUCCAUGCAAUGCUACACAACCGUGUGGAGUCAAUGCGGAAUGUCGCGUCUUAGACACGCUCCCAGUGAGAACAAUGAUUUGCGAAUGCCUCGAAGGUUAUACAGGCAAUGCGGCAGUACAGUGCGAUAAGCGUUCAUUGUGCGUCAUUGAAAAGGGUUUCAUUCGCGAUAACGAUGGACAAUGCGUAUGCCCACCAGGCACCGCUUUGGAUGUCUAUGAGUAUUGUACGCCAUGCCUGAUCGAACAAGGAUACCGAAUUACCGAGAAUGGUCGUUGUGAAUGCGCCUUGGAACGCGGAAUGGUAAUUGAUGAACGUGGACGCUGUACCUGCCCAAUUGAACUAGGCUAUCGCCUUACACCACAAGGUGAAUGCCAACCGGUAGAACAGCCAGAAUGUGUUACGGACGACCAGUGUGCAGAUAAUCGUUAUUGCAAUACAGAAACCAAGACCUGUGAGGAUCCCUGCCUAAUCAAGACCUGUGGCGUUAAUGCCUUCUGCAAUGCAGUCAAUCAUCGUGGCCAAUGUCAAUGUAUUACCGGUUACACAGGCAAUCCAGAUCUUCAUUGCAAUCACACGAACUUCCGCACAGACUUCCCCAGACCCGAUAUGGUUGUCAGCUGUCUGGCUGAUGGCGUUCAAGUGGAGAUACACAUUACCGAGCCGGGCUUUAAUGGAGUUUUGUAUGUCAAGGGUCACAGCAAGGAUGAAGAAUGUCGCCGAGUGGUUAAUCUAGCCGGUGAGACAGUGCCGCGUACAGAAAUUUUCCGUGUUCACUUCGGAAGCUGCGGUAUGCAAGCCGUCAAGGACGUGGCCAGUUUCGUAUUGGUCAUACAGAAACAUCCCAAGCUGGUUACCUACAAGGCCCAAGCCUAUAACAUUAAAUGUGUCUAUCAAACUGGAGAAAAGAAUGUUACAUUAGGAUUCAAUGUUUCCAUGUUGACAACCGCUGGCACCAUAGCCAAUACAGGACCACCACCAAUUUGUCAGAUGCGCAUCAUAACCAACGAGGGCGAGGAAAUUAACUCGGCAGAGAUUGGUGACAAUCUCAAGCUGCAAGUGGAUGUCGAGCCAGCCACUAUUUAUGGUGGAUUUGCUCGCUCUUGCAUUGCCAAGACAAUGGAGGAUAAUGUUCAAAACGAAUAUCUGGUCACAGAUGAAAAUGGCUGUGCCACCGAUGCCAGCAUAUUUGGCAAUUGGGAAUACAAUCCAGAUACCAACAGUCUAUUGGCCAGCUUUAAUGCCUUUAAAUUCCCAUCUAGCGACAACAUACGCUUCCAGUGUAAUAUACGUGUCUGCUUCGGCAGAUGCCAACCGGUUAACUGUGGCGGCUAUAAUGCCUUUGGACGACGUCGUCGUGCUAUUGCCGACAAUUCGACCAACGAUCCAACAGCUAUUGCCACAAGUACCGGUGUUGAGGGACAACUGCGUGAAGAGAUUACCAUCUCAUCGAAUGCCAUACUGACAUUUGAGAAACGCAGUGGUCCAGGACUGAAUGAUGCCAACAUCAAACCGGCAGCACAACGUGUUGAGGAUAUAUGCGUUUCAAUGGUGGGUCUUAUCAUAGCCUUGGUCAUAACAGCUCUGCUGGCCCUUGUUGCAGUUGCAGUGGCUGUUUCUUGCUGGCUUAUGGCCUACAGAAGAAGACCCAAGACUCUGGCCCCAUUGCCACAUCCUCCAGAGUUCCCGAAUCCCCUAUUCGCCAAUCCCGAUGCUGUGCCCGAGCCAACGCCGGACUACAUCUCGUAAAAACUAAGCGUAACACAAAAACCUGACAUAAACAAAAAUAAUUGAAAAGUAAAAUCACCUAGCUAUAUAACUUAGUUCAUAAGAGAAAAAUCAAAACGAAACUUUAAAUGAGAAAAAUAUUUGAGAGGCAUGUGCAAAAAGUUAUGAAAUUAAAUUUCGCGCGAUAAUCUAUGCAAAACUAAAUGAAUGUGAAUGCAAAAGAAAAAAAAAAGUUUAAACAUUUUGUGAGCUGAAUGAAAAAACAAAAAACAAAACGAAAUUGUAUAAAGCAAAUAACGAAAGAGAAUGCAAAUUUGAGCAGUUCUCAACAUUUUUUAGUAUUUUAAGAAAAUAAUUUUAUUAUUUUGUAUUAACAAUUUAUAGUAUUUUCCUCCCCUGUUUACUAAUAUGAGAAUUUUUCGUAGCGACUGUAGAUAAAACACAACUGCCAAAUAGAAUGAAUAACAUAGUGUGUGUGCGAAAGUAAUUCGAGAGUAUAGAAAUCAAGUUUAAAUAGGCCACACACUUUUUAAGUGGAGCUACAAAUGAAUUCUCGUUAUCUAACGACAUCUUCUUCAUUAGUCGAAUAUAAUAUAAUAAUUUUUUUUUUUUGUAAUU